AUGCGUGGCUUUACGCGGCGGCCGACCCCUUACGGGACGCACUCGUGGACCACAGUAGUCGUCUCGCAGCAUUCGCCGAACGACGCGCCCCGUCGGUCCCGGUCCAGCGCCCCGUCGUCGACGAACGCACCGUCCGCACCACUACGGAACACGGCCGUAAAUCCAUCACACAGCGCGCGCCGCACCGGUCGUAACGUGGCGUCCAGGUAAGACGGCAAAUUGUUUCGCCGUGCGUAUAUUAUAAUGUCGGUGUUACGGGAAUAUUUUUACGGCUCGGGUAUAACGGAUUUCGGGCGGGGAUUUUAACGAAAUUAAAAAAAAAAAAAAAAAAACUGUCCUAGGGUAACGGUGACGGUGCAGCCACUAUUGUCGGUAGGAAGAUGGAUGGGUAGGAUAUGGACGGGAAUUUAACGUUUGUCUGUAUAUGCAACCAUUGCUAACGGACAAAAACGGCGCUGAGCGGAGUUCGGUUGAUACCGUUGCUUCGUCAUAGUUGUCAUAAUAUUAUGGUAAAAAAAAAUUUCAUAAUAUGCAUUAUAUAUUUUUUUUUAACAAUAUUCGUUCAAUAAUUUGUACAUACUUUCCCUAUUUCCUACGUUUUUACCGGUUUUCCCGCUAAUUGGGAAAAUUCUCGAGCAAAUCAAAAAAUUACUUCCCUAAAGUACCACCCAUGUCAGAUUUCCUUUCAAAAAAAGUGCUACACUUGUAAAUGGGAUCAAAAAAAAAACAUUACACCGAUACAUUCCUCGUUCCACUCAGAAUCUAAAAACCUAAACAGACUUACUUCACAGGACGAGUGGGCUACCGUUAUAUGUUGGAUAGACAUUAGAGGAGAAAUAUUUUAAUGUUUAUCUGUAUACAUUAUCUAUAUACAUAAAUGUAAUCAUUUCUAAUGAAUAACGAUUCUGAGCGGAGUUCGGUUAUAUAUAUGUUUUGAAAGGCCGUAAUAUAUAAUACGACUUGAAAAUAAUACAUUUCGUACAUUUUUUCGUUUUUCCUGCGUUUUUUCCUGGUUAUUCAUAUCCAUUAUGAAAACCCCUGGAAAAAUUUAAAAUCGACCCUUUUAAAGUAUCACCCUAGGAAAAUUUCCUUUCGGAAAAAGUACUACACUUAAAAAUAGGAGUGAAAUUUUAGGUAGAAAAUUUGUUGAAAGAAAAAGAAAAUGAACAUUAUUUUAAAACCAAUACAUUUCUCGUUCCGCUCAUAAUCCAAAAUAGCAGAAAUUGUCCACGGGUAGGCCACUGUUUAUAUAUAUUUGGGAAGAUAUUAUGUGGAAUGGAAUAAUUUUUUAAUACAUAUACUGUAUAUAACAGUAAAUGAAUUUAAAUAAAAAAAAAAAACCAAUUCUGAGUGGAAUAGUAUUAAAAGUCUUCGUUUAUCUUAUCUCAUAGUCAAUGUAACUAUUUGAAAACCAUCAAUAAAAAUAAAACCGAUGUACCGAUGUUGUUGGUUUUUGAUAUUUGUUUUCAUUUUAUAGAAAACCUUUCUGGGAUCUAGAUAUUUUUUUUUUUUUCAAAUAAGUACUAUCGGGCGAAAAAUUCCCAUGUUAAACGAUGCGAAUGAUUUGGAGUCUUCUGACAAACCAAAUAAAAGCACCUAGGGAAUAAGUUGUUGAACAUUUCGAUACAUUUUUCAUGUACCCCCGGGCAGAAAUUUCACACAUCUUUUAGAUACUACGUGAUAACAUUGGAGCUGUUGCUUAAUCAGUAUUUGAAAAAGAAAACCCUUAAUUCGAUUUGUUUGAAAAAGUAUAAGGGAUUUUGAUAAAUGUUUUAAAUUAAGUACCAGCAGAAAAUAAGUCCGCAUCUUUUGGAUUUUUGAAGUUAUGUCAUAAAAUAACUGGUAUAUUUUUACUAACCAAAAAAAUGUUUACUGAGAAAAUAACACACAUCAUAAUUACUUAGAAUCUAAAAUGAAUAUUACCUUCUAGGGUGAUUUAAGAAUAAAAUAAUUUCAAUAAUAUUGUGAAUUCAAUUCAAGUAAAAUUAAAAAAAAAUCACACGAAUUUUCUAUCAUUCAAUUUUUAACACGGCAUUAUUUUGGAAAAUCAGUUAUGAUACGAAAUAUCUAUUUUUAACAAUUUCAUAGAAUAGAUGUUUUUUUCUAAAACCGUAGAUACUUCUAACACCAAAUACAGUGAAUCAUAUAAUUAUAACAACAAUUGAUUCCUUGUAGAUCAUCAUAAAUAUUACAGCGACUUUAUUAUAUGAAAUUUCCAUUUUAGACAUUUUUUUUUUCUAUUAAACCGCAAUUUAUUGAAGUUUUCUUGAAAUUCAAAAAAAAAAAAAUGAAUAAUAUUAUUAUUUACACUAAUUUUGUUUUGAUAAGUGAAUAACACUGCAAAACGUGUAUGGUCUGGUACAGAGACACACGGUGAGUAUGAUAUGUUAUAAUAAAAAACAUAUUUCUAAUCUUUAAAAAUAUUAGGUACCUAUCUACGAAUAACGGUUGGUAUUAUUACCAACGGUCACAUUUGAGUUGUAAUCGAUUUUUUAAAUGAUUUUUAUAUUUCAAAAUUGUCUAGAAUUUCUACAACGAUAUAAUCAUAACUUAUGAGUUUUAAGUUUUCGGAAAAAGUACUUGAAAAAAAUAAAAAAAUAAUUUUAUAUCAAUCCAAUUGCAUUUUUAAGGUGCUCUUUCAUCCUAUAAAUACUCGCCCCCGUCCUUAUUAUUUCAAUAAAAUUAUUUUAUUUUAAAAUUAACUUAUACCUAAUCGUUUAACCUAAUUUUAGGUGUAGUCGAUGACGUGACGAUCACGGACCUCGAAAUAUAUUAAAACACGUCUUUUCGAUAUAUCUUUUUGUUUCAAAGAGAAAUUACACCACGAUCAUAUUGAUAGUAGUUUGUUUCUGUAUACUAUAUACUAUGAUGUUCAAUGUAGAAACUUUAGUUCGUUUCUCCCCGACGAAAAUAAUGAUAGCUAUACGUGAACAUAUAUUACUCGAUUUAUUUUCAACACGUUCAUAUAUUUUUAUUACGUUCAUUAGAAAAUAUUACAACACGCGGUGGUUAUAUCGGUUUUUAUGAAAUUAUUCUUUUAUUAUUUCCACGCUAAAAGAGAAGAACCAGUAAACCAGUAUCGGUAUUGGUAUCGAGAACCGAAAGAAUGAUUUUCAGAACCGAAUAAGGACCGGUACUGAUGUUUUCAAGAAUCGACUCAAUCCUACUAUAAAAAUAAUAUGUUCGAUUUUGCAUAACAUUCGACAGUAAUAACAACGCUCGUCAUUAUUUAUCGACAUUUUCUUUUUUAUCUUACCUAAUCAAAUUUCUUAGACUUUAUAGCAUCAUGAUUCAGUAUCAAUAUAUACUAUAUACAUAAUAUUUCCUAACGAAAAUUUAUAUUUUAUAUAAAAAAAAAAAAAUAGACUCGAUCAUUUGUCUUCCACUGUAUUAAUUAUAACUAUUUAAAUUUCAGUUUGUACAAUGAAAACUAAUCUAGUUAUCUCAAUAAGUUAAUGCCAAAAAUAAUUAACUUCAAAUAGUUCAAAUUUUUAUUCUCAUCCUUAAAAUGAGCGUUUAGGAGGAAAUUUAACAAAGAUAAUUAUAAGAAUAAAUGAGUGUGGUAUAAUUAGCCAUAACUCACGCGCACCAGUUUUAUACGAACAUGAAUGAUCCGAUGGCUUGGCGUAGUGAUGCAAAGAAUCUAGGGUUAUAAAUGCAGAGCCGGCCCAGGGAAAGAUGCAUGGAUGUCGUGGAGGAAGACAUAAAUGAGGGAACAAAAAUUGAGAGAAAUAGUUCAGGAUCGAAUAAAGUGAUGGAGUGAUGGAUACUGUGUUGGUAGCAAAAACCCUCAGAGGAUAUUAUAUGACAGAAAAAGAAGAAAAUAAUGUCUACCAUUAAAUCUUGUGUUAUGGCUUGAAGAAAAUAUAAUAGAUACAUGACUUUCUAGUCAUCGUUAAAAGGAUUCAAUACCGAAAUAAUAGUUAUUGUUAUAUUUAACCGAACCCAGUGCUCGUAUGUAUUAUUAUCAGAUUAUAUGCAGGUACGACACACAUAAAAACGUAUCAUGAAUAUUAAUCACUCGCUCACCGAACCACUGUAUCUCAAUAACGACUGGGUUAAGAAACUUGACAUUUCGCAAAGAGGCAAUAAGGCGGGAUUUUUGAAAAUUCGAACCCUAAAUAUGGGCGUUCUUACGAAUCUGGUUAUUAAAAUACGAAAAUCGCUAAAACUUUUUACUAUAUUAUUAUCAUUAAUUCCGGAUCAUAACUUGGUGACAUACGGAUGAAAAUAAAAAUAUAUUAAAUUUAUCAUUUGUAUGCGUUUAAUUUGUCACUGACAAUGCCGCGCUGCGCUGGACAACCGUAUUAUAAUAAUAUGUAUUUUUAAUGUUUUUUUAACGAACUUACGAUAUUCAAACGAAGUACCUUUAUUCACGAAGUAAAGAAAUUAUUGCCAUUUUUUUCAAUUAUAACAACGUAUUGUAAUUUUUUAGGUAAGUGAUUUUUAACAAACGCGACAAAUUUAAAAUCAAAAAUAGGUACCUACUCGUUUAAUUAAAUUUGAAUUUUUUUACCAUGAUUUUUUUUGUUUUUGUUUUUCUGUAAUAACUUCCGUUUUCCAAUUAUAAUGUUUUCACUGCGACGCAUGUAGAAUAAACGCGUAAACGUUUGUAAUCAUUUGUCGAAAAUAUACGCACCGAGUCACAUCACAACCGUAUUACAUUCAUUGCUGUUUGAUCAACCCGACCACACAAAUACGAGUAUGGCACAGCGUACCGUACGCCCACUUAAGUAGGAAACAUAAUAAUAAUCGACAAAAUAGAAUAAUAACAACAAAACACGAACGUGUGUACAGUCGAGAGCGUUUAUGUUUAUUUUCAAACGGUUCUUACGGUUUUCGAUCGAAAAUGGUAUUUUUUUUCUUUUUGUAUAAAACUACCGAGCAAGAGGACUCCAACACCAUACUGAUAAACACAAAAUCAAUAUUACGAAGGAAUAAUCGAUUUUCAAUAUAUUUGGAGCUUUUGCGCCGAAUAGGAUUUCGUGUAAAGUCAAUUGAUUUCAAAGAUCGCUGUCUUCCCUGUCAAGAGGAUUUGCGCACGCUACUGAUAUAUAUUCCUGUACGGUACAUACGGUAAUGGCCAUGUCAAUAGAGCCCACCGGACUACAAUAAUAGUAUAAUAUAAAUUAAUGAAUGAAACAGACAUUGGACGACCUAAAAUGUCCGGUCGAUAAAAUAUUAGUAUUAUAAGAAUAGACCAGUUACGUGAAUUAAACUAAUUGCAAAAAAAAAAAAAACGUUUAACCAGUAAUAUCGUCACAUAACAAUGUGUGAUUAAAUAAAAUAAUAUCAAAAAUAGUUCGAUCGGUUCGGGGCACCUCAAAAUACCUGAACAUUUGAUUCAUAAAUAAAUAAUUUAACUACGGUUAAACAAUUAUUUGUAUUUUGGUUAUAGAUUUCGAAAAAUAUUUUAGUGUUCGAUUUUCAUAAUACCGUAAGCAAUUUUAAUUAACUAACAAAAUAUAAUUUUCUCUCUCUUCAAUCCUUGUCGUUUGUGAUGUUUAUUUUAAUAUUUUAAGGUGUUUAUGUUUAUUUCUUAAGAAAAUUGGAUUUUUGAAAAACUCGCGCUCUCGUUUCAAUAGAAAAAAAUAUUUAUUAUAUAAUAAAGGGGAAGAUAGUUUUAUCCUAUGCAAAUUAUUGUUUAUUAAUUUGACCAAUGAUAUUGUACGGACCUGAAAAGUGGCAGCUGAGGGAAACAGCUGAAAAUAAAAUAUGUCAAUACUUGAAAGACAAAUAUUUUGGAAGAUCAUUGAACUAGUUUAAGAUAACUUACCCGGAGAGUGGAGAUUAAGUGGACAUGGUUGGAACAGAAUCCAAUAGGGAAAAUUCUUUUAUAACUUAAGAACGUAGAAGCUUUAUGAGGUACACGAAAUUGGAAGAUUUUGAUAUUGAUGAGUGUACAUCUGAGAGAUUCAUUGUGUGUCGGGAUGACCCUAGAAGCCGAAUAAUCCAAAUAAUCAUAGUUAAAUAAUUAAUAAAUUUGUUUUCAACAAAAACACCGUUUUACAAGUAUUUCAUUUACAGUAUAUAGACCCCCAGGAAAUGUUCAAAACAAUUCAUAUUUCGUGAGUUUUUUUUUUAUUUGCGCCAACUCUGAAAUAAAAUAUUAUUAUAGAUAAUCUUUCUUUUGUUUUUUACAACAUAAAUAUUGAACAUUAUAAUAUCUCAACUAGUAUUGCAAAUAUAUCUAUGAAAUAAGUAAAUUAAAAUAAAUUUCCAUCGAAUGUAAAUAAGAGUUUGAAGUUUCCUAAAAUGAAUGGGUGUAUUGUAAUAAAAUUAAAUAUGCAUAAUUCGAGUAUAAAUAUUUGCACGUAAACUAAAACUUUUCCACAAAAAAAAAUAAAGUAUGGUCGGGGAUAUUAUAAUACGUAUACAGUGCAUACUUUUAACUUAAAUUAAUUGGAAAAACAUGAAAAAUAUAAUCCAAUAUAAUUAGAUUGGUAACAAUAUAAUUACUGGGUAUUGUGUUUCACCAUAAUCAUGAAAAUAAGAAACGAGGCUAACAUUCUUUUUAUUAUCGUUUGAUUUUCAGAUUUUCGAAAAACUUACCGCGUUUCUCGAACGAAUAUGAAUUUUUCAGUAGAUUAUAUUAUAUUGACGGUACACUAUAAAUACGUUUUAUACAUAUACGUAAGAUCCUUUAUUAUUCACGGUUUUGUUUAUUCAAUAAAUUUCGGUAUUCAGUCUAAUAUUCCACAUUGUGUAUUUUAAUGCUAUACCUAUGACCUACUGGUUAUAUUAAUCUUAUAAAAUUCAUGAAAUGUUUGCGAUAUUGUCAAACUGUUCGAACUAUACAUGUUUUUUUUUUUUUUUUUUUCGAAGCAUCAGAAUAUUUGGGUCUACCAGCUACGGCGAGUAUAUCCCAGAGGAAAGGCGAUUGAUCAUUUCCGACGAUAUCUCGAAGUAUAGUUGGAAACCCGAAAUGUUUACCAUAUAAAAGGUUUUUUAUUUUUCCUUUACGAGUAAACAUUAUUCCUGAAAUCCCGUAUGUAUAAUAUAUCGUUGUUCCGACUAUUUUGUAUAGGGUUUUUUUUUUUUUUUUUUGUAAGGUAAUUUUUUCUUCCAUUUUAUGUUAUCGCAUUAAUUCGUGACUCUCUAAAUUUAAAAAAAAAAAAAGUACAUACUCUUUAUGAGGUAAAUACCAUUCUGGGAACGUGCUAAAUUCCCAGGUUUCUAUGGUAUAAUACGUUCAAUUUAUUCAGUUUGUAAAUGAAUCUUUUGAUCAGCGAGUUACGACAAAUCCUUGCAAAUGAAAAACCCGAUUAACUGUUGGUUUCCGUGACAACCACUAAUGUCGAUUUUUUUUUAAUCGUAAUUGACGAAACCCAGCAAUCAACAAGAAAAAAGUCCAAGUUUCCACGUGAAUCGUAUUAAACCCAUUUAAAUUUAAAAUCCGUGUUCGAGAUGUUCACAGAUUCUUAAAUCGAUCCGUCUACGUUCAAAACAUUUCACAUCAGCUGUGCGUGAUUUUGUCCAACCACUAAUUUUAUUAUUUUAAAAAUGGUCGUUCUUCUCUAAUUCACCGACUAGGUACUGCUCUGUCAGUAAAAACCUCUUAAUGUUUAGUGAUUGGAGCAAGCCUUUUGGUCGGGUUAAUAGACAAAAAAACCCACAAAUCAUAUAAUUAUAUAGUACAAUCAAUGUAAUUCUGUCCCCAUAUUAAGAAUCUAAAAUAUUCGAUUCAAAUGUAGAUUUCACAAUGUUUGGUAUUUUCAAUUUUUUUGGAGCUUUAGAGAUAUUGUUUUCUUUUAAAUUGAUGGUAAAAAUUGUGGUAAUCGUCUAAAAUUGUUACAGUCCUUAUUAUAGGAUGCCAUGUAAUUUAAAGAUAUAAAUUUAUUUGCAACCAAAAAUCGUUUUAAGAACUAAAAAAAUCAAGCGACCUCGCAGAUUUAAUAAUAAACGACAUGACACAUUUGACCUGGCAAAAUAUUACUUCGUCAUUUACAGAGUGCAUAAAAAUUCCAAUACAAACGUAGAACAAAUCAUUUUUUACACUGUCAGAAAGCACUUUGAAUAGAAAUGAAAAUAUUGAAGUAUAUUCUUAAACAAACGAGAUCACUUUUCUUACAGUGGGAUUACAAGUUGCAAAAACACACCUACGUCAUAUUAUAAACAAGUAGAUACCUGAAGACAUCAGAAAAAUAAAAAAAAAAAACGCUGUCUCUAAUUUCUCUAAUUCGAAUUAUAAUUAUUAUUUCGGCGUCUUUCCGUCAUUCAGAACGCGUCCAAAGUGCCCCUCCCAAUAAUAUAAUAUAGCGGUCUCAUGCUACAGACAAUCUCCGACCCAUCCUUUUCGAUUCAUUGUGUUGUCAGUGAUGUUCUUUAUAAAACUUAUUUUUUAAAUUAUGCGUUGCAUACCUUUUGGCGUUUGUAUUCCUCGCGAUAAACAUAAAUCACCUUGGGCGCGCCCAUGUCCCCUCAGAACCCUCAGAACGACUAUUUCACUUACAAAACGUUUUAAACCGCGCACCACCGUUAAUACGUUUAAAACGUAUUAUUUUCAUGAAUAUUUCAACUGUUAUACUUAAUAGGUUGGUUACUCGACGAUAUAACAUUUAAAUUUAUGUAUAGUGCCCUCUACCGGCGCACGCAAUUAACCUAUAUAAAGUGUAGCGUAUACACCUAUGUAUCUAAAAAUAUGUGAAAUGUAUUGGUUUUACAAUGAUGUGUAUUUUAUUUUUUGUGUCUUUUUAUAACUUUUUUACCAGAAUAUUUGCUCCAAUCAGAAACUGAAUACAGAGAUAUUUUUAACAUUUUUUUUUAUCUAAUUGGUGCAUUGAGGAAGCCAUUUUUUAUUAUUAUUAUUUUUUUUUUUUUUAUGUAGAUUUCAUAAUAAUUGCGAAAAUCCGAUACAAUUUAUGGCGAUAAAUUUAACGUUUCAUAAUUUUCGAUUUUUUCAAUUUCAUUUUUUUAUCGAAAAUCUCGCUUCAAAUUUUAAGAGAAGCAUAAAGAGAAGAAAACUUUUUUUUUUUAUAAAAGAGUUUUAAGCUACAAAAAUUGUAAAAACUAUCAGAUUUUAAAACUUGACCGAACUUUGUUCAGAAUCGUAUUUCGUCUGCAAUGGUUUAUCGUUGCGUCCAGAUAUAAAUUAAAUAAUUUUAUAUUACAUUAUCAACUUCCUACCUACUACAGUGUGUAGUACACCCAUAACAGUAUCAGAUUUUUUUUUUUUAUUAUAAUUGUUACUCGCCGGCUGCUACCAUCACUGUAGUGUUACCCAUCGAUCGUAGCGUUGUGUCUGUAAUCAUACAGGUUGAUAAUAAUAUUGCCUGCCAACGUAUUUAAUUUCGAGUUUUGUCGUUCUCGUUUGUGUAAUAAACGUUGUGAAAAUAAAAUAUAGAUAUUAUCACACAUGUAUGUUUUGUAAUCAUUAAUUCCGACGGUACGAUGCUUUUGUUCGACAAAAGAUAUGAUCGGAAAAAAUAAUUAUGAGCAACCCAGGAUACGAACAUAUUCCAUACAUAGUUCAACCGUUAAUAAUAAUUUUAGAAAAUCGCGCUCAAAACGUUGUCCGUUAAGUAAACAAAUGUUGGUUGUUUUUUUUUUCGCUUUUUCUUCACACGUGUUAAAAACCGUGGAAUUCGUUCGAUGGAAAUGCUGAAUUUUCAAUAUGAGUUUUAAAUUGUGAAAAUCGUUAAAUAAAUUUCGUGCGUGUAGUUAUUUGCGUUUAUUUAUACGACAAUAUUAUUGCGUUUGGUUAUUCAUAUUUGAUUUCAAUGUGCAUUGUGCAAAUUAUAAUGAUACGGAACUCGCAUUUACCAUUUAAGUAAUCAUUUGUAUUGGGCUAAAUUUAAAAAUAAAUAUAUGAAUCAAAGAUUUCUGACCGUAAACCGCGUUGAAAACAUUUUUGUUAGUGGUGGUUAUUCUUUGUGUUAAAAAUUUUCAAUUAACUGUAAUUUUAAAGUUGUAUGUAUGUAUACAUAUAUAUAUAUAUUCAAAUAAUUUAGAUUAAUUUAUGUAUGUGGGUAAACAGUAUAAUAUUUAUAGCUAUAAUAUGAGUUCUUGAAAAAAAACUUUUAAGUUCUAAAAACUUGCUAAAACACUUACCAGAAAGUUACGAUAUUAAGCAAACUGUAAUAAUAUAUUAUACCUUGUCUAUAUUGCAGAUUAGGUAUACAUAAUGUCGAAGUUGAAAUAAAGUUAAUUUUACUAUAGAUUACUUCAGAGUUUAACAUAUUCUUACAGGUAUAUGAAAAUGAUUAGGAAUAUUGGGAAUCUUUACACAAAAUGUUUCGUAACAGUAAUCCACCACUAAGUGUUUCAAUUUUUCCCAGUUACUUCGAAAGCCUGUUUUAUUUUUUACAUUUAAGUACUCUUAGAAUAUUUCCGUAAUUUUAAAAAACAAUUAUGUUUGAAUUUGACGUUUGAUACAAAGUCCACAUAUCUAUAAGUAUCUAUAAGUCACUUAUUUUCACUAGAUGCUGAUGCUCAAAAGCUUAAUGUCCUCAAAAUAAACCAAAAUUUAAUUAAUGUACCAAACAUAUCAAUAAGACAAUUUUGCAAGAAAUAUCAUUGUGUAAUUUUAUUUGUCAAUAUCUAUCCUAGGAAACCGAAACUGUGAAUUGUGUUCCUCUGGAUAAUUAGAUAUCUUCUGUAGAUGAACAACACGGUGGAAUUUCUAAAAAUCCAGCUCCUAAUAAGGAUUAUAGGAUGAAUGGAGCUUGAUUUCCGGCCUUAUAAUUCGGAAAAAUACAUUUAUUUUUGUUCGAUCCUACGUUAUCUAUAAAAAAAAAAAAAAAUGUUUAUUGCAUUAAUUAACAAAUCAUGUUGGGUCUACAGUAGAGUAUUUUACCUGUCCAAAGUAAUGGUUUUCGCAUCGAAAGGUAAUUAAUUAUAGAAAUUAUUUAGGAAAAUACCAAUACAUUGGUUCAGAACUUUUAAACUUUAUAACAAUGAAUUUAUUGUUUUAACCUAAAAUUAUAAUCGAAAUUCAGACAUGAAAGAUUUAAAUCCACACGCAGCUUUAUAAACGAUAUAUAAAUCUGGCGCGUCAGUUGAACACGCGUCAGAUGCAUCGUUUCGAAACAGAUAUAUUUUAAUUAGUUUUCUCCGUUCGUUCAUUGAAUAAAUUGCGUUCAUCUAUUAUUAUACAAGGAACGAAACCCCUCAAUUAUACGGAUUUUAAUUACAGUGCAGCACGUCAUUUCGAUCGAAACUUUCGGAAAUACGACUUACGAGGGUUAUGAUAAUAUUAUCUUACGGUAUCUUCUAUAAUGGAACAUUUAUAGAAAAAUAAAAUAUUUUUAUUUUCAUACAUAAUACGUUACAAAAACUAUUUCGUUUCGUUUCAUAUUAUGCAGGAUCUAUAGCAAAGAAGUUUAAUUUUAUAAAAAUGUGUUUUUGCUCUUUUUACGCCUCGUGGUAAAUUAUUUGAACAAUAUUCAAUAUAAUUGUUCACAGUUUUUCAUAAAAAUUAAAAAACAAAACUAACAUCAAUAAUUGAUGGCAAUAGUACAACAAUAUUAGUUUUGUUGAUUUCCAUAUUACCUUGGCUACACUGAAAAAAAAUCACGAUUAAUAAAAUAACUUUUUUAGUUUACCACGAGCUCUGUUUAGAAUGGUUUUUUUGUUCUAUCGUUGCUUUUCAGUUUGUAUAAUAUAUAAAUUAAUGUAUACACUAUCAUUAUUGGCUUAUUUAGAAAUUUCUCUUGAGGGUGUCCAGAUAGUUUUAGUAACACAAUUGAAUUUGAUAGGCUAUCAAAUGCAAUAUCUUCUCAAAUUUCCCCUCCCCUCUCAAUAGUGACCUACAAAAUAUGUCCGAUUUUUUUUAAAUAUGAAGUAUCUAUACUAUGUAAUUCAAGUUUCGUUACUUUUUCUCACGAGUUCAAUAUGUGCGCACCACCACUACCAUCACUGCUCCGGUGAAUAUUACUACCGCGAUAAAUAAUACAAUUGUUCGUAUUAAUGCGUGUUGAUUGAAAUUCCACUCGUUUAAAUAAUAAGUACGCAGUCUAACCAAAAAGCGCAUUGUGCAUACACUUAUUAGAUUUCAAAGUAUUUAACACACGCACGUUGAUAAACAUAAUGUUCAAAAGAAUUAUAACUUUGUAUUAAAGCCGUGUACCUACCACGAACUUAUAAUUUAUUUAACGCGUUUAAAUUUAACAAAACUCCUGCUCUCCAAUGCGGAAGUAUUGUAAUUUUGUUAAAAGUCGGUGGCAUAAGUAAUAAUAUUACUUAUAUUCACCCCGUUUUAGAAAUAACGCGCAAAGAACUUAGUGUGUAUUAUUAUCAUAACUGUGUAUUAUACAUUUUGUUGAAAUAUGUCAAAGGACGGAAACAUAAUUCAAUAUGUAUUUGUAUAAAUAUACGUAGAUAACGCUCCGAGCUUUGCGUUAUUUCAGAGAGGCGCCGUCAUCGUCAUUGUUAAUAAUAUUUGUUUUUGAUCUUUCGUGAUAUUCGCUUUGUUCUUGCAAUAUGUGCGCGCAGCGUUGAGAAAAACGAAAUAAAUACCGGCACGUGUAUGUAUGUAGUCACCAAUCCAGCGUAAGACACUCAUUAUCUCGGUCAGAAAGUGUUAUAACUUUGUUCUGAAUUUAAUUCAUAGACAAUUUAAGAACCAAGCAGUUUCAGCGUUUCGCAUUACCAUAUUGUUUUUGUCACUCUUAUUUUUGUGACGAAUACCUACUUUUGAUUUUCAAAUACCGAAAUAUCGAAGUAAAUUAAACAUUCAAUAAGAAGUCGAAGUUUUAGUUAUGGUAGGGAGAAAGUAGUGAAGUACUGUUGAAACGCCACGCGCCCGUCGACACACUAAUUAUGCUCCGUUUUACUCUGUCUCUGCCGAAACUUAAAAGUAAAAUAUUUCGACAACGGGUUGGUAAAAGUACAAAUUUCAAUACCAAUAUUGAUUUAAACUAAUAUUCCAUUUAUUUAUGGAAUUUUCUAUAAAGGUUGCCAUUUGUAAAUCAAAAAAAAGAUAGUUCGUUGUUCCACCUCCUUAAAAUUAAGGAUGACAAAAAAUAACGGCAAUGUACAAUUGUAAAUUUCAUAGUUUCUUAAAUUUUCUGUAAACCAAACUCCGAAAAAGUUAACACUUAUCGAAAUAAUGAAUGUCUUAUGAUAGAUUGAUCACUCAUUGAUCACUCUGUAUAGUAGACGGUUAACUCACCAAUAUAUUUCAGUAUAUCUAUAAUCUAUUGAUUUCCAGGACCGGAUAAGGCUCGGCAGAAUGUUGUACAAGAAUAAUAAAUUGACGCGCAUUAACGAUUAAUAGUAACAACAACAAAAAAAGAAAAGAAAACAGUGAUUAUAAUCGAAAGUGAAAGUGUUUUUAUUUGUUUAUUUUUUUUUUUUUUUUUUUUUUGAAACUAAACAUUACAGCAAAUAAAUGAUGAUAUUUCGUCCUAUUAUUUUUUUAACAUAAAAUUAUAUAAUAUAUUGAUAUAGGUACGUAGUUUAUAUGCUACAUAUAUUGUAAAAUAAUUGUUAAUAAAAUAUAAUAAUAUGGUUCGUCUUCAACUAGGUAAUUAUUAAGAAUAUUUAGAGUUUUUUCCGGUUAGGUGUCAAUACCCACAAAAUGUGAAUCUAUAUUACAUUUCAAACUGUUAUUAUCGUAACAUUGGAAAAGUCAAUAAACGGGAAAAUAGGGUGUGUGUCAUGCGUGUUGGCUAUACAAAAAGAGCAUUGGGAAUAAGUUCUUAGAUAACUUAGGUCCAACAAAUUUUAACGGUAUGCCACUGUUUCUAAAAAACUUUAUUUUCAUCAAUAAAUAAAAAUAAGUAUGUGUCUGAUAAAAAAGCUAAUGCUAACUAAUUGUUAUCUGAACAAUAAUUUUUGUAUAACCAGGAGAUUAAGUAAUUUUAAUUUUUGUUGAAUAUUCCAAGUAAGUUAUAUCGUGUAACAACUCAUUUACCUAGCUACAAUCUCGGCUUAAUGAGGUAAUUUAAAAUAACAAUAGCCGGUGCAUUAAUAAUUUCUGUUUUUGUUUGUAUUUUAAUUUAAGAAAUUUAAUUAUAAUGUUAUGAUGCGUAUUGUUUUUUCUAAUAAAAAAAUAUUGUGGAUUUAAAAUUUGAAAAUAAUAAUAAUUUGUCAUUUAAGUUUUUUCUUCAUAAAUAUAAAAAAAAACACCGGGAGCAGAGAUACUCUUACAAAAGUAAUUUAAAUUUUUUUAUUUAUCUGUAAAAUAAUAGCUUUUCAGUAGCUUAUUUGCAUUGAAAUAUGUUUCCUUCGAAACGAUUCAUAAUAUAAAAUGUCAUUUGAUUUCAAAUUUCAUAUAAUAUGAGAUUUUUGCAUAAGGCAUAAUUUAAAUGUAAAAUGCACAACUAAACGGGAUCCGAAACAAUUUUUCCAAAAUUUAUGAAAUAUCCAUUAUUCAAUAUCCGAAUUUUUGAUUAAAAAAAAAUUACCUAAAUAUUUUAAAUAAUUAUUUAUUUUAUUUAUCUAUUAUAUGGGUGACAUUUUUUACAUUGACAAAUUUACGGAAGUUUAAAUUCAAAAAAAUAUUAGGGUGGUUUACUACUUUUUUUUUAAGAGCAUAUCGUUUGGUAAUUUUUAGAGCACAUAGCCUAGUAAUAGGAUUAUUGAAAACUAAAAUACCAAUCUAAUAUUCAUAGUGUAAUAUGCAGCUUACGUCUGUAAGCUGGUAACUUGCGCUCGCUUUUAUUGUGGCCAAUAACAGUAUUCUGACCGGCAACUAUAUAUAUACAUACAUACAGACAGACUACAAUAGUAAUAGAACUCCUGUUGUUAAAUCCACGGGGGUAUAGGUUCGUUGUCGGGGCUUCGUUGGAAAUAUUAAGCCUACGGAAUUGCCGAUAACACGAACCAGGCAUGGCAGCCGGGCUCGGGACUCCCAUUCGAUUUACAUAAAUCGAUCGGACCAAAUAUGUAUAGUUGCAGUAAGCACGGUUAAGCCGACGACGACCAACUGGUCGAAACCUAAAUUGGUUGCCGUACAAUUUCAAAUUGAAUAUAGAUGGCAAAACAUAAUUAUUCCCGACGAAAUAUCCGGAAAAGAAAACGUUCGAAUCGCCUUUUUUUUAUUCCAGUCCAUUCUUCCCUCCGAGAAGGCGAAGAAAACCUAAACGUAUUCCAAUAUCGUUUCAUCGUCCAGAGACUUCGACCACCUCCAUUCGCUAACUUCGUUAGCUAGCGUUGGAACUUCAGAAAUCAUUGACCGUCAAUUGGUUAUGCGAAACCGCGUUGGUUUAGGUCUGCAGAUGAAAAAAAUGUUUAGACUUUUCUCGUGGAAUCUUUUUCUCUCUGUUCUCACGAGGAAAUAAAUCUUAUAGGUUCUGUUAUACACUUUGGUUCAUCCGAACUAACGAUACGAAUAUUAAAAGGUCCGAGGUGAUCGUUUUUGUACUGUAUAGCCAUUGUAGGUUACCUACCCUUAAACAAAUAAAUUGCAUUACUCAUAUAAUUAAAAAAAAAAAAAAAAAAAAAAAAAUGAAAAACCUUUAUUAUUUAUUAUCGCCCUCAGUCAUAUCCCCGCGAUAAUACAACAAUUAAUCCAGUCAUAUUGCCUGACAAUAAAUACGGCUGCGUAUCUCGGUGCGCCCCACAUUCCUUUUUUACAACUUCUUGUGUAUUUCGUAUUCAAAUGGAUAUUUUGUUUUUAGACCAAUUCGUUCGCACAGGACACGUGUAGAUAUUGCGGUUUUUAUCAUAUAUUAUCAUAAUAUUUUUGUUUGGUCGCAUUUAGAAAACCGAUUUAAAAAAAAAAAAAAAACUCCAUUCGUUUGCAAAACUAUGCAAUAUAGACAGGACGAUAUUGUGCAAUACCAUUUCGCAUUCUUCAUUUCAACAGUAUUUUAAACUACCUGCAACUACCCAUACUCUGGUAUUGCGGACUCCGACAAAAAGUAAAUCGUUCACUAUUCCCCCUCCUCCCAAUGACCGAGUGUCUUGCUGACAACGAAAUAUGAUUACAUUGUUUGCUAUUGCAGGUUAAAAAUAUUGUUUGGUCGACUAACCAAAAAUGUAAUUUCCUUUUGCCUAGUAUAUAAAUAUAUACCUAUAGGUAAGCGUAAGUAAACGGGUAUUUUCGAUUUAUGGAAUAAAUCGCCGCUGUGCCUGAGAAACGCAGCAAUGAAAAUACAAUAAAAAAAUAUUGCUGAUUUUUCGCGUUUUGGAAUAAUAUACAAAUAUUUCACUGUGUUCGAAAACGACAAGGUUUCGCAUUUAUUUUGACAUAUUAUUAUAAUAUUUCGGGCGCAUGACUCCGCAGGCGAAAUCAAAAUGUAUUUUUCGUAUUUUUCGAAUGAUAAACCGUAACUUCCGAUACAAUGUAUAUAUUCAAACUAUCAAACCGAUAACAGCAAAAACGUCUUCCUUAAGAAUAAAAAAAAACUAAACAAAUCUACUAUCCCCAAGAUAUCGAUGUAAUUUUAGACCAGUGACUCGAAAUAUUCAAAAAUUAAAUUUGUAUAAAAAAUACUGAAAUAACACAAAAUCAAAAGCGGCUGAUUUUCAAUUGGUUUUUUUAUUUCUUUGCUUGCGAUCACAGUAAGUCGAGUAUCCACUUCAGAUUUUAAAGUAUGAAAUAUAAUGGAAUAUAAUGAUAUAACAUAAUAUAAUGAGAAUUCACUUUUAAAUACAGCAAUUCUGGUGAAAAAAUCAAAGAAGUAGUCACAACAGUUAUUUAAUCAAAUAAUUUUUUUUUAUUAUUAUUAAUUGGAAUAGUGUACUAUAAUUUUCAAUUUAAAUGCAAAAUCAUAAUAUUCGCGAGCACUUUAUUUGUUUCCAGUCUUUUUUCAGUCAUCAGCCGUCGAAUGUAUUACUAUUUCUUAACAGGGAAGACGAGCUUUAAUUCUGUAAAGUUUUAAGUAAAAAACGAAAGUACUUUACACGCGUGUCAUUUUGACAAAUAGAAAGGGGGGAAGUUACAUAUAACAAACUUAUAGAAAAAAAAAAAAUAAUGCUAAAAAUACACUCAACAAUUUAAUUUAUCUUAAAUCAGUUUUAUAUUAUAUCGGUGUAUUGUUCCAGAACAGUAUGCACAUUAUUAGUGGACGAGCGACGGAUAAAAUGAAAAAAAAAAAAUAACAUUAGAAACUUUAUAUAAAUUAUGCAUAUAUAUUCCUCUCGCUGAUCGGAAACUAAAAUAAUAUUUAAUUAUAAGGCACAAUAAUGUUGAAACCGGUAAACCGGUCAACACGGUGAACUACCGGAUAUUAAUAUAGGUAUCACAACCAUUUUUUGAAAGAAACUCGUUCCUACAGGACCGAAACUUGGAACGCGUUCCUUUUCAAAUAUUGGAACGAGAAACGGAAAAGAGUUUCUAUUUAUGUUGAACGUGAACGCAAAUUUUCGAUUCUUAUAUUACGAAAAAAAAAAUAAUACCGAAACUCACGUUAUUUAGUGAUAAUAUGGUUUAGAAAUUGUUUAGUGUUGGUAUCACUUCGUCAGUUACUGUUAUAUUAUAGUAAUAUAUAACCGUGAUAUAAACGGUAUCUCGGUGAUAAUAGUUUAAAAUGUUAACAAACAAUAUAACUUAUUUGAUAACGACAAACGUCAAAUUUACAAAAUGAUAAUUGAUUUAAGGUAUUCAAAAUAAAAGCGAUUAAGCGAGAAAAACGUAUGAUUUUUUUCGACAUUUCUAAAUAUGUAUAACUGAACUGCGCUCAAAACCGUCCUUUGUCGAUAAUGGUUUAUCAUUGCUAAUUAACUUCCCAUCUACAACAGUAGCUGCACCCGUUUUCGGUAUCUUUUUUUUUUUUUUUAUGAAUAUGUAAUAAAAAAAGGAACACUUCAAAUAGUGAGUUCGUUUUUUAAGGAACGAGGACCGGGAACGAAUUUUUUUUAAAAAAAAUUUCAACUGAUUUACAACGCAUUAGUUUUUUUUUUUUCAAUCCGAAAGUUAUUUCACAAAUUCACAAUUCACACAAUUCUCCAAUCUGACCGAUUGCUCGUCUUUACUUUAAGUUCCUUAAAAGUAUUGACUCUUGCAUCACAUUUAAUUUAUCCUAUAUAAAAAUUUCGGAGACGUUCUGCAAUUCUUUUCCUUUCAAUCAUACCCUCUAACAUUAUAUUAUGCAAUUCUUUUAAGUAUCUCAGGGAAUUUUUCGCCGUUUUCCAACGUCUAGUCCUAAUUGUAUCUAUAAACGUAAGUUUUUUUCCCACAGUUCUAAAUACUUCUUCGUUUGUUUUUCUCUUCCAUCUAACUUAUUUUUUUUCCAGACACAUAAGUACAUUACAUUAUUACAACACCUACUAUGCUUAUGGUUUUUUAUCUUACAAAAUAAAAAAAAAACUAACUAAACAGCGGAAACGACUUGUUUAGAUUUCUUAAACUAAAAAAAAAGGUCAAACGGUUUUGUCAUAGUUUCUUGAUAAGAAUAAAUGUGUCAGGUGUUAACUUAUUUAAGUUUUUUUUAUUUAUUAACUGUUAUAUCUAACAAAAAAAUACCUCUAAUAAAAAUAAAAAUAAAUCUUGUUUGAAACGCAAACUCUAAUCUAUUUUAAACAAAAAAUAACAUUAACCCUGAAUUAAAUAUACCUACCGCAAGUUCAAAAACACGGUCGUGAAAAUAUUACAGGACUGCGACAGGUUGGUGAAACCUUUGAUCGUAAUGCGCUCUUGAUGUUAGAAAUUACGUUUUUGACCGAAUAAUAUAUAGACAGCAAAAGCAUAAUAUUUUCGCGGAAAUAUCCGUUUGAGUUUUAAAAAGUUACGUUUGAUAUAUAUAUUGGGGAGGUUUCAACAAGAUUUUUCUCUUCUGAAAACUUUUUAAAUAAAGAAUUGAACACAAAUAGUAUUUUUAAAGGGGUCGUCUUUCAAAAAUAACUAUGUAUACCAAAACUUGUUCAAUACGCAAAAAAACCGUGAAAAAAAAAAUCGACGGCAAAAGGGAAUUUAAUAGAGGAUCUGAAUCUUUGUGAUCUUUAGACCUUAUUUUUUCCGAGUAAAACAAUUUAUUAUAUUUUCUUUCGUUAUUUACUGAUAAAAAUUUCUCUGUAGUACACUACCUGUGUUUUUAGGCUAUGUUUUUAAAAAGCCGGAUGUACUUCACAACGUAUAUGUAGUAAUAAGUGGAAAAUUUAAAAAUGAUAGGAUAAUAUAAUAAAUAAAUUAAAUGUACACAUUGAAAACUGCGAUAAGUUAUUACAAUCAAAAAUUGAUUCUGAACGAGUAUAUUUAAUUGUAAAAUUGGUGGUUAUUUUCCCUUGUACCAAUUCUGGUCAGAGGUAAACGAAAAUUAACAAAAAAAAAAAAAAAAUGAUUGUAUCGACAUUCGCUGUCAAUUUUUCAAAUAUUUUACAAAUAAAAAACCGUUUGAAAUCCAAAUAUUAGGUUUAAAUAACGUAACACCGGACAAAAUAUCCGCAUUUUCUAAGGUACCUACCAUAUGACAGCUGUUUUUGUUUAAUAUAGUCAUAUUUUUUAAACUUUCGAAUCUAAAUAAUAUAUAAUACAUUUUUUAUUUUUACAGUUGAUUGAAUUAUUGAAGUUUUAAAAAUAUCUUUUCUCAAAUACUUGUUUUAUAUUCCCUGGUACAGAAAGUUAUUUAUUAUAAGUCUAUUAUAAAGUAAUAAGUUUUAAAAAAUAUGUACACAUUGUAAUCGAACAUAGUUUUUUUUUUUUUUUUUGCUAUGACUUUAAACAAAUCGUGCAAAAAAUUUGUACUUCUUUAAUAAGUACUGGUAGAUAUAACGAAUAUAAAUGCUACGAUUCUCGGAAAGAUUGUGUCAAUUGAAAGGCUUAUUGCAACAACCAGAUAAAUCCACUUUUUUCGAAAAUGCAUUUUUUCAUUAAUUAUUAUGUAGGAAAAAUUUACCUACAUUUAGGUGCAACAAUCAGUUAAAUCUGAUUAAUAUAUUUAUAGUUUUCAGUGAAAUUAGAUGUAUCUGGUUGUCGCAACAAGCCCUUAAAUUUAUCUAUACAUGGCUGUAUUUUUGCCUCACAAGUACAUCACUCCAUACGCGCAGUCUUCUCAAAGGUAUUUUUCCAUUCUGAUAUUCCCGCAACACUAUAACCUAUCAAAUAUUAUCCUGCGGUCUUCUUUUUUUGAUGUCUUCUUCUAUGGCUAAUCUACUUUGUAGGAAUCCUAGUUCUUGUCUUUAUCCUAUCACCACUCCUUAAUUUGUGAGUGGUGACUUAGUCCAUAAUAUAUUAUAUUAUUCUCCUUAAAAAUAUUGUGUUCCUCAGUGUUUCUCAGAGUCUAGCAUAUGCAAUCCAUAUUAUUAGUAUCAAUCUUAUUGAUGUUAGGUUUAAUUUGUAUUUUAAUCUUCUCCACUAUUUUCGGGUGUUUUUUUAUUUUUAAUUAAAAAUCAAUGCAAUUGAUCUAUGUACUAUAUAUUGAUCAUUAGACUAUACAAAUAAGCGUUAGUAUACAAGAAACUGCUUAAACUACAAAAUAAAAUAAAAAAUGUUUAUUGAACACUAAGAUUUUGCUUUUUCUCUCGUACCUAUCGAUUUUUCUGGUUCAAAACAAAUGGGAACACUGCCACGAAAUUCGAGCUUUUAGAUUGUUUUUAAAAAUGUCGGUCGUAUCCGGUAAUUUCAACGAUGUAGGUGAGAGGUACUCUCUGCAGGAAUUUCUAACAGAGAAACACAACUUGGUCAACUCCCCGGUGUUGUAAAUAGAGUAGCCAAGAAGUUUGUUUGAAAUAUCAUAUAAUAACAACGAGUUUUCUGUAUACCCGUCUCGUCGUACAACGAUUUUAAUUGCUGUAAACGCGAAUUUCACAAGAUGUGAUAAUAUUUAAUAUUUAUCUAACAUUUCGGUAUUCACGCCGAUCAAAAAUAACAACUAUACAAAAUUUUACUUUGAUAAUGUUUUAUUUUUUAUUUUUUUUUAUCAAUUCAUAAUAUUAACACCGAAAUACAUACACGUAGGCCUAGUUACGAAAUGACAAGGGAUAGCAACUUCUGCCCCAGCAUUUUAUCGAGGUUGCAAAUUAAUAUCUAUUCUAUCCUACGGGGAAUUAUUGUAAACAUAAUAUUUUUCUUGCGUUUUUGCAUAAUGUAAUCAUACUUAUAAAUAAUAUAAAAUCGACUACAUUUAAUUUGACCGUGUAUAAUAAUCACUCAACUGUAUGACUUCAUAUAUUUCUACUUAAUUCUGAUGCAGUAAUGAAUAAAUGACCAGACCUUAUCGAUAAUCCCCGACUACAUUAGACCACAACUGAAUUAAAAAAUAUUACUCAAGAAGCUUAUUGCUACAUACCGUUAUGAUUUUAUUUCAAAUCACACCUAUGUAACUAUACACAAAAAAAGUUACGAUUUUAUGGAUGAAUUUAUCUACAUUUGUAUAAGCAUAAACGCCCGAACGCUACAACUUUGAAUGAUGAUGAUUGUUUCGUAAAAAUCUAAUUCAAUUAGAUAACAGUAAGUGCGUACGUCAAAUGUUUAAAACAAAUAAAAAAAAAAUAAUAAAAAAAAUAUAUAUAUUUUUUAUUAUAUAAAAUUACAUAAUUAUUUUAGAUUCCACAAGUGUAACGAAAACACUAUUGGUUUUGCAAAGAUGUAUGUGUGUUUUUUUAACAAAUUUUCACUUUGUAAAAUUACUUCUUAAACGAUUCGAAAUUUCGCGCGGUAGUACAUUAUUUAUUGAAACGUUUUCUUUUUUUUUUAGAAUUCUUAACACUUCACCUCUUAACUCCUUUGAUGAUUUUUUUCUCAGAAAACCCUACUCGGUUAACUUAAGCAAAAAAGUUCGAAAAUGUUCAUAUCGAUCAUACAUUAAAAAUUGCGGAUGUGUACGACGGUAUAUCAUUCGAAAAAUAGUUUUAGAAUCCCAAUAGAGUUAAAAAAAAAAUGUUUAAAAGCCGACCUCGAAUGACGAUACUUCAGUUGUAUUUUAAUUGAUUUCUUGGUUACCUAGAUUCUCCAGCCAACGUCUUUCAAUUCGAGAAAUUAGGUCCGGUGACAUAUGAUUCUGGUCGUUUGGUCCAGUGCAAAAAUAUCCGGCGACAAAUGAUCCGAUAAAAUUUAUAUUAACUGAAAUACUGCAUUUUGCUGUUUGGAAGUUACGAGGUUAUUAAGCAUCAGGCAUACGUUAGACGGCUCACGCGUAUUGCAUCGGCCAUCAUUUUAUACAAUUUUUUAUCGGAUCGUUUGUCGCUGGAUAUUUUUUACACCGGAUAUUUUUUCUCCCUGGACCAAAUGACCCGUAUCAUAAUAUAUAUCACCGAUCAUAAUUUUACGGUUAAAUUGACGUGUCAGCGACCCGUAUACCUGGGCUAAAAUACUGUAUAUAACCUUAUCGGUCCUACCCGUGGUACGGAAUGUGUCCGGUUUUUAUUAUUAUUUUUAUUUUAUCGAUCUAUUGAAAUAAAUAAAAUAUUAAGUAUAGGUGUAUGGGUAAAGUAUUAUUGGUCUUCGGUUAUCAGUGGUUCCGUCGAUUCGAAUAAAAGUCGAUCGGGUUCAGUUUUAUACCGUAAUAUGGUAUACGAAUUUUAUACGAAAGGUCGUGGAUGAUAAACGAUCACGGAGUUGUAAAACAAGUCGCGGAUAAACCGAGGCGAGGCGACCUCGCUGCAGAUUCUAAAGCCAUUCAUCGUAAUUUACCUAACCCUCAAAUGACAAUGAUAAAAUGUGUUUGCGCGAUACAUUAGGUAAAAUAUUAGUCGUUAUUCCAUCAGUAACGUCGUAUAAUAGGUAUAGUGCCGUAUUAUAUUACUAUGUACGCGUCUAUAUAAUUAUAUUAUUUUUCAAAGUAAUUUUUGUAAGGAGAUAAUAGAGGUUUAGGCAAAAUAGAGGUUUAGACGUUAUAUGGAAUAAUGACAUCAAUCUCCCUGCGCUGAUUAAUGAGCAAUUGUAACGGAAUUUACGAAAAAAAAAAAAAAAUUAAAAUAUGUUUUCGUCUAAAAAAUAAUAAUCCUCUUUACGAUUAAAAUAUUCGCUGAGGGCAGAACUAUUCAGACCAUAACCUAUAUAUUUUAAUUCUAAAAUCAAGGAAUUUUCGACGAACCUCGAAAAACCUCGUAUUAAGUUGUCGAGCGUUUUUGCUGGGCCAAAACAAUUUUUUCUUCGUAAAAUCAAAUAAAAAUCAUAAGAAAAUUAGUUUUCAAACUAAACACCGAAUAGCUGAUACUACUGAUGCUACUGUUAUAUGCUGAAAUUUAUCAAGGUAUUUAAUUUAUACUUGUAUAUGACGAUAAAAUAUCAUUUGCUAACGAAGACCAAUUCUGUUUCACAUAGUUCGAAAGUUCGGUUAAACGUGUUAUGAAACGUUGCGUUUAUUAUGAUUUCCAUAAGAUGUGAUUAAUCGGUCAUAAACAAAAUGAUUACAAAUAAAAAAUGUAUAUGUAUAGUAAUAAAAAAUAAAUGAAUGAAUGAAUGCGUCACCUGGAGUAUUAUUAAAAGUGUAUUACACGACCGGUUUCGAAUUAAAAAUUCAUCAUUAGGUAUAUUACAAUCGAAAUGUAAAACGCGACUCUUUUACAAAUAACAAAUUUUCAUCAUUUUGUUUUAACUUUAUUAUUUUACUAAAAAUUAUUACGUUACGUUCAACUUUUUUUACGUCUAGAAAGGGGCUAAUAGUGUUAGGUAAAAAUUUCAAGUCAUUACAAUUGUUUUUAACUAAAAAAAAAAAAAACAAACAAUAACAAAAAUAAUUAUAUUAGCAAAACCAUGAAAUAUGUCAAUUUUUCCCAAUUAUUAAGAAAACUACAAAGAAAAUCAAUAAACGACCUUCUCGAUGUGCCAACGACUAGACAUGAUUUUAUCACCUAAAGUUAAUGACCGGAACAAGAAAUGUUUGAAACAGAAAAGUUUUUUGCAUAAAAUAAAAAAAAAAAAAAAACAAUUUUAAAAAGAUACAUCCGAGCUGGAUAUCUAAACUCCGAUUCUAUAUUAUAUAAUAUAGUUAACUUUGUUCGGGUUGUUAAUAGACUCUUACCGCCAUCAUCCGUUAGGAAUACAUUUCCUGUCCUCUAUAUUUACCGUUGUAUUUUGGCCGUUUCGAGCUUAAAUAGAAUAAAUCAUAACCCAACACCAGCCCAAUAUUAAUUUAAUAUUCGUGUCUCGUACGAAAAUCACGUUUAAUUCACGGUCUGCUAUUGUUAAACCCGAAAUGUUAUACGAUCUUAUUACACGCGAUGCAAUAUUUUUCAAUUACUUUAUAAAAAAAAUACCCAUAGGUAUUAUAAUAAUAUAUAAAUUAUAAAUAGUGGUUUUGUAUUUCAAAAUAAACCUAUAGGAGUAACACGUUACUCUUAAUUUGUACACGGUUUCGUAAAAUAUUAUGAUUAUUUUUUAAGAUUACCUACCAAAGUAAUAUUUUAAUAUAUUAUGUACUCUCGUAAUAUGUUUACGAUGCAUUGAAGUAUAAGUACCUACUUGCACAACAACGCAUAUUUAUUUUAAUUUGAACAUCAGACAAUUUUAUAAUAAUAAUAAUAAUGAUAAUAUAUAUAUAUCAAACAGACGACAAAAUUGAAAAAAAAAAAACAAAUAUUAAACGUGUCUUCAUAUUAUAACGGAAAUAAUGUUUUUGAAAAUAGGUCAUAUUCUGCAAAUACUAAUCUAAAAUGUGAGAAGGUAUUCACUUAAUCGCGUGAAACACGUACGUGUAAAUAAUAUAUUGUAACAUAUACCUAUAUAGUCCUGAGUUAAACUUUUUGUACACCGAACAGCGUAAAAGAUAACACACCAAACAAAAAAUAUUUCUUUUAAAAAUAAAGCGUGCGACUAUUACCUAAUGGAGUAUGGCUACAGGGAAAGCGAGUUCAAAUCACGCGCUCUAGCUGCUUGUCAGUCUAUUUUUUUUUAAACACAUACUUGUAUAUUAAUUAUUUUAAAUAUAUAUAUUCUUUCCGUGAUGCAAAUCGCGCGGAUUCAAAACGGCCAUCAAUCCCAUCGUAAUAUGCUUAAAAUUUUAAAUACAUAUCAUAUAUUCCAUUAAAAAUAUACGGUCUAUUAAAGUAAAUGAUACAAAUUACAAUUUCGGAACCUCUAUACCGCCCUUAUUCAGAAAAACCUAUCGAGAAUAUCGAAACGAUUCUCAAACAAAAUUAAUACUCGCGUCCGUAAGAAAAUCCGAAUCAUUUAACGCGGUGCAGUGUGAACAUUUUGAAGGAAGGUUAUAGACAUAAAAAACAAACUUCAUAUUUUUACAACGGCUACUACUACUACAACAACUAUCAAUAGCGUGCCGAAGUAGAUUUUUUUGAGGCAAUCGCCUCAUGACUAUAAUGGGUGGGUGGAUAGCUAACCAAAUAUAUCAAAUGAGUUUUGAGUAUUAUUUUAUUAAUAUAAGUAUUUAAUUACGAAUAUGAUAGCCUAUAUUCUGUAGUUAAUAUAGCUAAAUAAAGCGUUUUCUGCAGUUAUGUGUAGGUUCAUGUAAAAAUCCAUCUUUUAAUUGUGUGGGUCCAAAUUUGUUUGUUUUGCUUCAAGUACGAAACAUUUUGAGCACGCCACUGACUACUAUAACGGCCGAAACAUCAAAUUCACUCAUAGACCUCCGAGACAAUCGUUGUUUCGUGAUGAAUGAUACGUUGGCGCCCAAAAAUUAUCAAAAAAGUGUGGUAAAUUUACGAAAUGACUAUUAUGGUAUUAUUAUACAAUGAAAAAAAAAAAACAAAACGAAUACUUUUUAGGCGAUAACACGUUGGAUCUUGUAGAGAAUAUCUACUCACAAUUUAACAAAUAAAACAGAAUAAUAUAGGUCGCUGACUCCGAUCGUUGCAACAAAAAAAAAAGGUAUUCGGGAUUGUUCGUGGCUAUGAACGAGAUAGAUAGAGAUAUCUUGUGUACAUUAACGGGUGAAAAGUUAUAGUCGGUUGAACGACGCGACCGCGGCAGUAAAAUAAUUAAAUCGUCAUAAUAAAAUCCACAAAUGAAAUUAUAUUCCGAAUUCGAUAACGACAUAAACGGGCAACGCGUAGGUACCUGCGUAUAAUAUCAUAUCCAUAAUUAUAAGGCCACGAAUUUAAUUUAUACGAUUUUAAGGCGGAAAGCGCGGAAGAUAGAAUACGAUCAGACAGUAAUUUCAGUCUAUAUUAAAAUGUAUACUUUAUUACAUUAGCUGAAUUACCUGGUGUUUCGCAGGCUCGAACGUAAAAAAAAACGCGAGCAAUAGAACUCUGUUAUUAGAGUCGAAUUUCCCUCCGGCUGACUAGUUGCCGUUACAAUAUUCCGUAGUUUUCUUUUUAAUGAUAAGGAAUCGAACCAACAAUUGUUUUUACCGAACUUGGUAAAACCGUUCUCGAGAUUUUCGGUGACAUGCAAAUAGACGUCGGUGUCCAGGGUUAGAAGUUCAAACUUACUGUAGACACGUCCUCGGGAAGUCCUCGACAACAGUUCUAUUCAUACAUUCGUUUACACAUUUUAAUCAAAUUACAUAUUUUUGUAAGUCCGUAAGGAUAUUUCAAACUCGAUAUUUUUCGUGAAAACAUAAAAUCUGAGUAUACAAAAGGUUGGGGAGGGGAUUGAAAGUUGAAACCUUCAAAAGGCAUAAACUUCAUACUUUCGCUAUGCAUGUACAAACUGUCAUCCCCUGGCUUUGUUCUAACAAGAAACUUUACGGAUGCGUAAAGCUAAAAAAAAACACUCCUCCCGCAACAACAAGGUAAAUUUCAUAUUGAAAUUUAACCGUAAUGUUAUCGCUUCAAUCCGUCCGUAAAAAAUCUCUAAUUCUCGAGGCUUUUUAGAUAUGAUUUUUUGCCAUUUUAAGAAACCUGUAGUUCUAAAAUGAUUCGUUAUCAUUAUUUUUGUGUUGAAACGAUUACUUACGUUUAAUUUUCAAACACUCACCUGUAUUUAAAAAUCUCAGAAAUAGAUUUCCGCCAAUCCGUUGACAAGAUACAUCUCGUACAAUUAAUUUUUGCAUAAGGAAAGAGUAAUGGAGCAUCAAAUUUACCAAAAAUAAUGGUAAAAUAACAUUUAAGAGCUACGAGCUUGUACUUAUUUUUAAAUUUUCAAUUAAAAAAAAUGGUGAAAAAAAAUUGUAGUUUCCGCGUGAUAAUAAAUGUAAAUGUUGUCUAAAUUAUAUCAUCUUGGACAAAUACUCGUAUGUAUAAUAUAUAACAGAUAUAAUUCAGUGCAAUAGCAUUUUUUUUUUUUCGGGGGAAAUUUGACAAAUAGGAUUAUAAUUUAUACAAUUUGAAAGUCCUGUCUGUUAUGCAUGUCUUCUCGAGUUCAGCCUUAACCCUAUUACAAUUCAUAGUUGUUGCCCGUAAAGUUAUUUUUUUUUUUUUUAAUAAAAAUGGUCGGUAUUAUAUUUUGGCUAUGGCAAUUAAAUUAAUUUUGAAUUAAUUGUAAAUUAAAUAAAAUGUUCAUCAAAUAAGAUUUUCAAAAAUCAAGUGUGAAUUUCCCUUGGCGAGGGGCUUCAAUUUCGCAAUGAAAAGUAGACAGUGAUCUCCCUACCUCCCUCUUGCUUUAAAAAGUAAAAUUAGUAAAGUGUAAAAUGUCAUCAAGAUCGAAAUGAAACUAUAGAUGUGUAUAACAGCGGGCAAAUAGACAGAGAGACGAACAUACAAAACACAUUUAAUAAUUGUAUAAUAUACGCAGUGUGAUAUCGAAAGUGGGGGGUGGUGUUUUGGUAUUUGAUGUUUAAACACUCCCCUUUGACCAUAUUAAUACCAAAAAUUAUAAUUUAUACUAUGUGCAGUUACGCAUUCGAUUUCUACAAAAUGUGCUGUGUUACGUACGCUUACGUACAGCUAUAAUUAUUAAGUACAAUGUAUUAUAAUUUAUAUCAUUAUGUUAUAUACGCACAAUAAAGUUACAAAUAAUUUACAUCUAAACAUAAAAUAAAAACACCCAUCUAAAAAAUUCUGGCUACGUCACUGAAUAUACGUAAUAAUAAUACCGUUAUAUACAAUAAUGAAUCGUUUCAAGCGAAAAACGAUUCGGUUACAGUUAAAAAAUGAUUUGUUAUUUUUUUUCGAUACAUUUAAGAUAAAAAUUAUUUUGUUCAUACAUAAUUUGUGCUCGUAUAAAAUAAUAAAAUAAAAAUAAUAUUGUCCGGUUUUUUAACGAAUUCUGUCGCAUUGACUUUAAUUUAAUAUGUAACUUAUCAUAUGUACCUACGUUUAUUGAAUUACAAUAUAACGCUCGAUCUAUUAAAAAUAUAUACAAAAAAAACAAAGGGUUUGAAAAUUCUAUAACAAUUAAUUUCCAAAGCGAGUGACCAGUAUUCUCGAGACAGUCCUGAAAAGGGCUUUUUACGCAGAGUCGACCGAGGAAGACCGAUAACGUUUGUUGCUUGAACUGAUGCCGUUUCGUUUCACGACAUAUCCGUAUACAUUCACACAGUGUGUGUAUCGGACUAGAAAAUGCACUUUGGUGUAUUGGAAAAGCCGUUACUCACGGGGAGGACCACGUGAAGGUACACCAUUUCUCCUCCCUGAUGUCACCGUUCAAUUUAUUUCAUUUUUUUUUUUUUUUUAAUAUUUGAUCUAAAAAAGUUAUUAUUGCCAGAGUUCUAUUACAUUUUAAUAAGGAUAGGUAUAACGGAUAGGUAUUUCGGUAUUUCCUGUGAAACAGUGAAAUUUGAACACACAAAUUGUCAGGAACGGGGUCCCCCAAAAUGCGCAUUCUCUGCUUUAGUGUCUUACUGGUGUAUGUUUAUGUAACGCAUACACAAAAUUUAAUUUCAUCGGCUUCAUAUAAGGGUUCUGCAGGGUUUUACAAAGUUUUAAAAUACAAUCUACUCCGCACCACGCUUCGCACCAUGGGUGAGUCACUUUUAUACGUGGGUAAUUCGGAAGAUAUAGAAUGGGGGUCGACGGUCACUAAAUAGUAUUUUUAGGGGGCCUUAUUAGAAAUCCGCAAAAGUUUUCGUGGGCCUCAAAAUUUAAAGUGUAUAUUUAAAUCCAAGCAAUUAAAUGCAAAAUUAAAAAAUUUCAGAUUUUUCAAUUCUUGAUUUAUGAAAUUAUCGUUGUCUACCCAGGAAUUUCUCGACAAAAGAUGUGUGCACAGUCUCGUAAUGACGUUUAAUAUUGCAAACUUUUAUAACAGCUACCCGUCAGGUGACAAAUUUAACAAACUGGCAAGGCUCCCGGCCUGUCCGACAAAAUGAAACAAUAUAAAUCAGUCCCGAACGUGCACUCAGGCAAAAACUGCAGUCUGUUUUUAAUUUCAACUUAGUUUUCUUUUUCUUAUUCGUAUUUAAACGAAAAUGGUAGAACUUUGAUAGUGAAAACCAACAUUAGAUACCAUCAUAUACGGAUGUUUAAAAAAUAAGAUGAAACAUUUAAAAAUAAAAUAAUAAAAAUAAAACACUAACCGUUGAUAAGAUAUUAUAUGCUCCAACCACAAUAUACUUGCCGCUAUCGGUAAAAACUAAAAAUAUACUAAAAUAAAAAAUAAUGAAAUCGCCCCACUAAUAUUGAAACAUAAUUUUAAUUUCGUCUUUUCCUCUUUUUAUACACAAGCCGGAUAAAAUUCGGGCCGCCAUUUGGUGAUCCCUGGUAAAGAAAACGAACAAUAUAUUAUUUAAGAAACUACCUCUGAAAUUAUGAUUACUCAAUUUUAAACAAAAUCAUAAACACACGAUUCUGCACUAUAAAAAGUUUCGUUUUCUUCUUCUUCAAGAAGUUUUAGAAGCCAUUUAUGCAAAACAAACUUCCAUAAAUGUCUGUCUGUUUUGAACUGUCUACUUCGCAAAAAUCAGGCCAUCCCUACAGUUAUUUCAAUUUUGUUUUGCUUAUAUUUCAAUCAAAUCUCAGGUUUGGUCUUUCCGCUGUCACAGUCUCUUUCAGUACGGGUCCAGUUUAUAGCAUAACUUUUUAUACUGGACAUUAUUAUUGACGAAAAAAUCAGUUUCUUCUGUUGGAUUUGAAUUACCAUUAUAUUUGGUUUAUCUAAUAAUUCCCGGGCACGAAUACACCGAAUACAGAACAUUCGAUAUUAUCUCGUUCAUUUGGGUAUCAUAGUUUUUUGUUUUGUUUUUUUUUUUUUAGAUCUUUAGAUCCGUAAUGUCUCUUUAGGAAAUCCCUUCCCGUGACAGCUGAUUUAUUCGUAUUCUCUCAAGUUAUGUAAAAAAGGAUCAUUCUGUAUAUAAAGUCAUACUGUUUGUGUUCUGGGCCUUAAUGUUUUUUGUCAUUGCGAUAAAAAAUCAAAUUGAGAUUGUUCUGUUUACCUAUAUGGUCUCUUGAGGAUAAUAUUAGUGUGUAAAACGUGACAAAAAAUGCUACGAAAUCCUAAGAAUGCCUUUUUUUUUAACAAGCAUAUUAUUACAUGUAUAACUGUACAAAUAUCAAUAUUGUUUUCAUGGUUCCUUCGAGGGUAAUCGCAUUAUUUUAUAAUAUUAUCACUAGGUUUUCAGGUGUGUAGAGCAAAAAAAUAUGAUAGGACUUUUGAGCAAUGAAUUUCCGUCAACGGCCAUUAUUAUUACACUAUGUAUAUUGUGAUAUUACCAAUUCAUAUAUUUUUCUGAUGAUUGAAUUUUUUUUCUCAACGAGUUUUUUUAAAUACAAAAGCCGUUUUUGAUUUUUUUUUUUUCUAUUUUUAUUUUCAGUCUACUGUUGUUAUUUCCGAUGUAUUUUAUUUUUUGAAAUCGUGUUUUAUUUGUCACCGUCAAUUUUUACUAUAAUAUUUUCCUUUUCAAUUAAUCGUAACAGGAACUUUGUCGUCAAGUCUUAUGGUUUGCAAGUCAUUGGUAUGCGAGUUUCGUCGUCUGGUAACAACAGCAACUUGUUCGGCAGUUUCUUUAAAACUUUACAAAACUACUGUUUUUCUUCCGUACCUUCUACAGAAAAAUAAGUUUUUAUUGCGUCACCACGUAUAGGCUAAAGAAGUUUUCACGUUAGGUACCUACCUACACACGCCGGGUCGGCAAAAACAAGUAAUCUUUAUAAUAAAUUACACCAUUAAAUGACCGAAAAUGUACUAAAAAUUUGUACUUUGAAAUCACAAUCACGAUUAUAGUCAUAAUAUUAUGAAGUUGCACAUCGACCUAUAAAUAAGUAUAUACCUAAUCGAAUCUAUUAGUUUACCAGAAAUUGAUACGUCAUGUUUCACGCGUGUAUUUAAAUCGUGUGAUAUGUGCAAGAUAAAUUACUGGUAUCUUUAAUCUCUAAACACUAGUGCUAACAAUCCAGAAAAGAACUAAUUUAGGAGAUUUAAUUCGAUCACACACAAAAUUGCGUACAUCGUUCGCCUUUUAUCAAUUGUAAUAAUUGUAUCAUGUUAUCUGGUUAUUGUUUAAAGGAGAAAUCCUGCAGUCACAUUGGCGCGAAAUCGGCUGUUAAGUGGAAUAUUGUUGUCGUGUAUAUUUAUUUAUUUAUUUAUUUUAUCACAGUAUUUAUAAUUGUCGGACUGGUAGGCACGCGCGUUUAGCGUGACAUCACAUAACGUCAUUACACAUUUUAUCAAAUAUAAUUGAAUCCGAAAAAAAAAGACGUCCUAGGAUAAUGGGGAUGGAUGCAGCCACUAUAAUAGAUAAUUGAAUGUAUACCUGUAAGCAACGAUAAAACAUUGCUUAAGAAAAAAAAAAUUCUGAGCGGAGUUCAGUUGAUAGAGAUAUUUUAUCAACAAUAUAUAUAAGUCAUUUUAUAGUAAAAUAAUUAAAAAAGCUUUAUUUAUUUUCUUUAAUAAUAUGUAUUUAAUGUUGUUCUGAUUUUCCCAGUUUUCUUACGUUUUUAGAUAAAAAAAAAAAUAAACAUCUUUGUAAAACUAUAAGCUCCUUCGCUCCACUCAGAAUCUAAUAUAUAUAUAUAUAUAUAUAUAUAUAAACGUGACAGUAAGUGCAAUAAAUAAAUCGUUUGACCGUCAUUUCGUCUCUAUUAGGUGUUACUAAGACGCAAAAUAGCAAUCAAGUCGUAUUUACUUACACCAUGUAAUUGUCCGAAUUAUCAAAAAAGGCCGUAGGGUUUUUUUUGACUUUCGGUUAUUUGCCCAGAACACUCAAUAAAACUGAUUUACUCCAGUUUUCCCUAGCUUCAAAGAAUUUAUCCGUUAACUGAUAUAGAAGCAAAUGUAUAACUUAAUAUUAUUAAACUACGACACUACAUCAGACGUUUAUCCAGAGAUUUUUAAUUUCUGAUAAUAAUAUUAAAAUAUGAUAAAAAAAUAAAUAAAUAUGACCCCGCGAUAAGGCGUUAAAAAGCACUACUAAAAAAUGUACUGCGCACUGUGUAACUACAAAAACUCGUAAAAUAUUUAUCAUGCUUACUUUUUUUCUUGUUUUAUAAGUCACUAAAACUUCGGUACAAAAGUCACUUAUAAACAUAACGAUUUAUAUUUCUCGGAAGGUACACUCUUAGGUAAAAUACUUUCCUGGUUCGUCUAUUAUUUUUAUCUUUAAAACUUUUUUUUUUUUUUUUGAUUAAGACGUGAGAGUUGUUCAUUUAAUAAAUAUGUAUUCUCACUUCUUAGACAAUAACAAUAAUAAUAAUAUCAAAAUUAGUUUUUAACUUAAUUUUAAAAAAAUAGAUAAAUAUUUGUCUUUAAAAAUAAAGCAAACUGUAUAAUGAUAAUAUACUAUACAGACACAUAAACCGGACAUUUUUAUGCGACAAAACCAAUUUUGACCGAAUUUUAAUAUUUACAAACAAUAUUUCGCGGUUUUAUUCGAAAUGCGUAAAAAUCGAAAGAAAAAAAUUAAGUUUCUCAAUAAAUUGUAUUGCGUUUAAUUAUUAAACGCGAUAAGGUUUAAAAGCAAAGUACAAACAAAUUUAAAAAAAUCAAUAGCUGUUAAAAUAAAAAUUACACAAUUAUUACAAUAUUGUUUACCAUCGUAAUUUACGGUCGAAAAACGAAUUCACAAAAAUAAAAAUAAUUGUAUGUACUAAAAUUAAUUUUGUAUUCUAUUCAUUAUCGUCCAUUAAUGAUUUAAUAUUUUAAUUAUUACUUUUUGGAAGUAAAAUGGAAUUGUUUUGAAUUCGUAUAGCGGAGGGAAAAUUACAGUAUACUAAUUUUACAAUGAUGUGUAUGUGAAAGAAGGGUUCAAAUUCUGAUUAUGUCGAAGAAGCUAAAUCAAUUUAACAAAGACAGUCUUUAGUAAGAAAUCACUGGUUUUUUUAUAGCAAAUCUCAAAAAACUUUUCGUAUGGUACUUUAUUUGCAAAAUAUUCAGUAUAACUGCAAAAUAUUGCUUUUUAUGUUGAUUUUUUUUACAGCACUUUUUCGGUUAUUAAAAAUUAUCCGAUUUUAUUACGCAGUACCCUAAAAUAUUCGACAUUUUCGACGGGUGAUAUUUUAUUUAAAAUAAUUUACCUGCAUUUUUAACUCCUAGGUACUUUUUUUAGUUUUGGCCUUAAUAACUAGAAAGUUCACAUUACCGCAAUCCUGCUCUACUGAGAAUCGUUUUUCGUUUACAAUGAUUUAUCGUUGCUUAUAGUAUAGGAAUUGAGUUAACUCUUAUAUACCUUACAUUCUCACCACCUGCAGCAGCGGCCUACAAUUUUAUGUUCAGCUUUUUUUUUUUUAACCUCUAAAACCAAUUCUGAAACAGUAAUAACGUUCAAGGUGUCUAGUUGACGAGAACAUUAUGAGUUUAAGUUCCUAAAUUAUCAUAAAAAUCAGAAUUACAAAUCGGUAAUCUUAUACAUCUUCGUAAACUAUAACCGAAGAUAAUUUUUGUUUCUUUGUUUUUUUUUUGUUUAUUUUAAACAGGUGAACCGACAAAUUUUUGAACAAUAUAAUAUUCACGUUUUGCCUGUUUAGUAAUUUCUAAAAGUUAAAAUUUAAAGAUAUAUUUUUCUAAGAUUAAAUAAACGUCGAGAUGCCCUGCAUUAAUUACGUUCUGUAAUAAUUGUAAUUUUGUAAUUUGUUUUAUACGCGAUGAGACAAGUCAGAAUAAAAACAGAAAAAUAUAUGGGUGUUACAGGGACAAUUUCGUUUAAAAUAUCGAAGUAUGUAGCAAUUUAUAGUUAUAAAUACAUUAAAAAAAUACGAGGAUUCUGAGUAGAAAUCACAAUAUUAAAAUUUUAAUGGCCCAGUUAAAUAAUAUACAUGUAUUUUAUUUUUAUAUUUUCACUAUAUUCCGUGACUCUUAUAAAGCGCAGAGGAGAAAAUAUUAAAAAAUGAUAACCUUUUUAAAGUUCCGUCCGCGUUCGACCUAUAAUACGUAUAUUCAUCUAAGGAAAAAAAAUUGCCCAACGAAACUUUUUCAGCGUCAUCUUUAUCCGCACAUUAUAUUAUUUUCCGAACCAUUGUAAAAACUAUAUUUGCGUCCAACUAUAAACUCGUGCUUUACGUUGGGUCUCAAAAUCGCGCAAUAAAAAAUUACUCUUGGCAUACCGAGGAAAAUACCGUUGAAGUCCUCACAAUUUCAUUCUAUAUAUACGUACCGACGCCUGUCCCCAUUAGUUAAAAAAUAAUAAAACAAUAGCCGAGUAUCGCUGGUGUACUGAAAACGUAAAUUUUCGAAAAGCAGACACCGUUAUUAAACUUUGUUCAUUUUUUUUUCAAACGUUAAUUUAAUUCCUUUGGGCGUUAUUACCUUACGUUUAAUUAAAGUUAUCAUUUAUAAUAUUAUUACGAAUGCAGGGCGCAAAUAACUUAAAUUGGCUAAAACAUCUUUCUUCGCUUAUUCGUCGUCGGGAUUGUUUCGCGUUUAACUUCUCACUUUGUGUAGUUAUACUUUCAAAAUACAAUAUUUAUAAUAAAAAAAAUAAUAAUAAUAUAAACAAAAGUUUUUCUUUUUCAUCACUGUACACAGAUGAUAUUUUAUAUGAAAACCCGUAGUAUUUAAUUAAGUUUGAAAUUAGAUAUUUCAAUAUUAAUAACGAGUAAUUUUUUCUAUAGGAGAAAUAAUAUUGUGUAAAUAUUUACAACAUAUUACGACUCUAAAUGUAGCGAAGAAACUAUUAUAGUUUUACUGGGAUGUGGUUGUUUUUUUAUUCUAGGAUUCUAAGAAAAUUUCCACUGCUUGUUCGUUUAGUAAAAAUGGUUUGAUUUUUCACGCCUUAUCUUAGAAGACGCGGACUUUUUGUUCGAUUGUAGUUUAGAUGAAACAAUUAUUGAAAUCUUCAACUGUUCACCGCUAGAUUAUGGUUUUAAUUUUUUUUUCGUUUUUUCGUUAAAUAAUAUCGUAAAAUUUUAAUAAUAAUAAUAAUUUCGUAAAAUAAUAUCUACUCCAAAUUAUCUUGUUUACAUUUUGAACCUUAAAUAAUGCGGACUAUUCACUCGAUGGUACAUUAUAUAAACAAUUUUCAAUCUCCCUGAUAAUUUUUCUAAAAAAUCCCAAUGGCCAAAAAUAUUGCUUACUUGGCUCAGAAUCGUUUUUGGUUGCAAUAAUUUAUCAUUGCUUGCAGUGUAUAUUAUAAAUUAAUAACUACGGCCUGAAAUGUGUCUUAUAACAUUCCACGUAGGUACAACAGUAGUGGCAUAACAGUGGUGAGAAGGGAAACAGGUAAAAAAAGACAAUGAAAAAAAUUACAAAGAAAAAAAAGGCGCAACAAAAAAAGACAAUAACGAUAUUCAUUUUGAAAAAAAAAUGGUUUAAUUAAUUAAAAUGGUUAAAAGUUAAAAUUGAACAAAAGAAAAAUCAGUACUUAUAAAUUAUUAAAAAAAAAAAAUUGAAUUGAUUUAAAUCAAAAUCGAAAAUAUCAUAUGAAUAUUAUACUUUCAUGUUUUUUGUGUCUUUCCAACGUACUUUAUAGUAUAAAUGUGGCCUUUUCAGUAAUAUUUUUCUUUAUUUUUGUUUGAUAAAAUAAUUUCCAUACGAAAAAACAAACAUUUUAAUUCAAAUUAAAAUGAACACAACACGAGACAACUGAAACAACCAACAAUACACUACACGAAAUACACUAUUUCGAACUUAGGUUUAGAUGAGUAUAAUAUUUAAUCAAAAAUAAUAAAAUUUAUAAUGUUGAUAUUAACUAAUUUAGGUACCUACUAUAUUAUUAUAUGCGCCUUUAUAAUAAUAUAAUUCUAUUUGGAAAAUAUUAGAGGUACAUAUUAAAUUAAUACUUGUGUUUAUAAAAGAUAAUAUUAUACAAUUAAAAACCUAUAUAGGUAGGUAAUAAAAUAUAAGUCGAAAAAUACUAAGAUGUAGGUGCAUAAUAUUAAUAACUUUAGUUUUCUAUAUUAUUAAAUGGAUUUUAAAUUAUUUUUUAUAGAUAAAUAAUAAUAGAUACCUAUUAACACUUUUAACAGUAUUAAUUGAAAACAAAUGUGUUUUCUAUAUUAUUUUUUAUAUUGUCUUUUUAUUUUCUAUGUCUUUUUUUCUUUGUCUUUUUCCAUUAUAUUUUUUUUCUGUGUCUUUUUUUUCUAGGCUCGGUGAGUAGUACGUCCGUCCUUUUGUGGAUUUUUUUUUAAAAUUACAGAAUAUUGUGUUUUAAAUGUUUUAUCGUUGUUAUUGUUUGCGGAUAAUGGUACAAUGUGUAUUUGCAAAAUAUAAGUGCGCGCAACCUAAUCUUAUAAAUACACAUAAACCUAAACGACAUAUUUAUAUAAAUCGGCCUUGGGCCAUUUUUCUUAUGCGGUAUGGGUUUAGGUCCGCUAAACUCCGGCUUAAUCCCUGGUGGUAUGGUCGUGAAAUAAUUUAUAAUAUUUAUUGGAGUUUUCCGUAUACCAAUAAUAUUAUGUAUACUAUACAUAUUACUUACAUAUACUUACAUUGUAUAGUGUAUACGAUGUAUUCGUCUUCUUUGUCUGAAAUAAACUUUAAAUGCGGAAAACUGCAACGUUAAUUGAAUUAGUAUAUUAUAAUAAUAUCGUGGUGAAAAAUGCAAUUGAUAAUAACAAUAAGUAUAAUAUAUAAAAUACAAUUUAAAACAAAACGGACAUACUUUGCAAGAUCGGUAGAUCACUGUUGUAGGUGAGAAGUUAAGAAGGUAGGAUAUAGAGGAGAGUUUAAGAUAUAUUUGCAUGCAACGAUUAAUCAUUGCUAAUGAAAAACGAUUCUUAGCGGAGUUCGGUUAUUUGCGUUAUAAAAAGCAAUCAAAUUUACGGUUUUCGUUAAAAUUCUAAUAAAAAAAAAAAUCACGUUGAACUUAACUUUUUUUUGUUGACCUUUAAGUACAACUUAUAAAGAACUUCUUGUUAAAUAUUCAAGCAUUUCUGUUCGAUCUAACAAUUUUAUCCACGGAUUACCUACACCGAAUAAAAACGUAAAAUUACUCGCAAAAUUAAACGUCUAUAAAUGGCUCAAAAAUUUUUUAUGUAUUUUGAAAAUUUUACCACUUCUAGAAAAGUUAAAUAUAAAUUGUCUGUCUAAAUUUCAAGUUUCUACAAAUAUUUCAAACUGAAUUACAACAAAACAAAAUUGAAUAUUAUAAUAAAAGUUUAUUAAUUUCGUAAAUGUUUCCGUGUUUUUCCACAUUAUUAUGAAAACUGCUUGGAAAAUUUAAAAAAAUAAUCUGUUUUAAGUACCAAUAAACUUAAAUUCAUUUUCAGAAAAAGUACUACACUUAAUACAUUGGAAUAAGAUUUCUGAUAGAAUUUUUGUACAAAUUAUAAAAAAAUCACAUAUUUAUAUAUAUAUAUAUCAUUGUAUAAUCAAUGCAUUAUUCGCUGCUCUCAGAAUCUAAAACAAAUAAUAAAAUAGAUUUAUAGAAACAAAAUAGAAAACAAGUCCAUUAAAUUGUUCAUGGACCAUAAAUUAUUUGUUAUACGUUAUUUAUGGUAAAUAUAUUUAUAUUGUUAUUAUUUUAUUGACCAUUUUUUACCGUUUGAAAACCGUUAUAAGUUUUAAUAAAAUAAAUUUUAAUAUUUAUCAAAAAAAAAUAAAACUAUAAAUUUAGAUAAAUUUAAAAAAAAUCGUUACUCUCUAAAACCGAAUAAAAAUUUGACCCCUGAGAUAAUAAUAUGUUGUAUUAUGUUGAUUUUUUUUCCUUACAAAAUAACUCUCUAACCCGUUAACACACAUUAAAAGUUUAAUUGUAGUAUAGAUAAUAGUAUUUGGUGCCAACCUAAAUAUAGAUAAAAAAAUAAUAAUAAUAAACCCCCCAAAAAAAAACAAUUCUCAUCGUAUUCGACAAUUAAUCAUACAAACGUUCAUAUUUUAAUUAUCAACUCCACAUGAACAAUUUAUUUUCAAAUGCGAUGAUUUAUCGUUACAUUUAGUUUUAAAAUGCGACGCCUUUCUGACCGAUCCCAAUACUCAAAAAAAUAAAAAGAAAACCAGUCGAUUUAAAAAAAAAUGUAUAAAUCGAAAAACCAUACAAUCGGUGAAUCGAUUUUCGAAUAUUCAAAUUAAAAAAAAAAAAAUACUUAAACAUUUCUGUAUUGCGCCAAUAGACGAAUGCCAACAAUAUUAUUCGUAACAUUUGUUUUAAUAACUAUUAUGUUCAGCAGCGCAAUUAGCUCAUUAACCUCGGGAGAGGGGGAGGCUUGAGUUCCACUACAAUAUUAAAUCAAUAAGAUUUACGAGGCUCUGUCUCUGCGAUGAAGGGGCUUCAGACGAUCCGGGAAGGGGACGGUAAUAUUUAUAUUAUAUUUAUUAGUUGAACGUAGAAGAAACAGACGCGGAGAGCCUGCUGUUUAAGAGGUCCAGGGAAAAUAUUCCGAUGGGCCGUUUCCCAAAGGAAGGGCUCCGUCUGAACGCGAAGUGAGCUCGGGAUGUGCUGUGGAUGAAAGCUGUGAAAUAGUAUAAAUGUAUCAUUACGUAUUACGCGAGCACUAUUUCGACUCGUACGGAAAAUCUGCAAAUAUACGAAAUUUAAGAGUAAAACGAUUUCGCAUCUAAAACAUAUAUAUUAUUCCGCGGAAAAGCCCAUCCAUUAUCUCAAAACUUUUAUAUACAAACGACCCCGUUAGAAUCCGAGACCAUUUUUUUCUUCUUUAAACGAUACCGUCGUGGGUUUAUGUUAUACAUUGUUACACAAACAUAUAUGUGUCGUAGUCGCAUAACUCAUCCGUUCAGAAUCUCCUUAAAAAAAAAAAAAAAAAGUAUAAAAAAUAUAGGUCUUCAAAUGUUUAAAAUCUUCUACCGCGGUGUUUAACCACGCUCGUAUACGUACGAAAUAUUAUCGAUAUUUUCGACGCCGUCGAUGAUUUUUCCGAAGAUAAUAAUAUGAUAAACACAAUAAAAACAAAAUCGUCUUGAAUCGUCGUUUAUAUUGUUCUGUAUAUAAUAUUCUACAACGCUCUGUAGAUUGUAUACCCACAUUCGACUCGCGUCAUAAAUACAUACAUACAUAUUCGACAAUGUAUAAAGCCGCGUACAAAUAAAAAGUAUGACAUAUCUAAUGCUUAGGUAUCUGUAUGAUAUAUAUUUUACAAUAUUUACAUACACACACGAUAUAUAUAAAUAUUAUGAAGUAUUACCGCGAGCAUUAUGUGGAAUAUUUCAUUCGUCUGUUUCUCUCUUUGCGGAGCAUAUCUUCUUCGUUCAGCUUUAAAGACCGUUUAAACCAAACGCUGAAUCGCACACUUUUUUCCAAUCGUCUCUUACCAAUACCGACUCCUCGUUAUUUCUCACUCGCUAAACAUUUCAAAUAUUCUUCAACUUUGUCCAGCCGCCGUUGUAUAGGUCUCUCUAGGGGCCUAUCUUUCAUUGAUAUUUCCAACUUAUGGUAUUUUUUCGCAAUUGAGUUUUAUCCCGUUUCAAUUUCUUAGACCUGCGAAGGGUACAUAAUAUAAUAUAAAACUUAACUUGACCCAUAAAUCGAAAAGUUUUUAAAUUGCAAAAAUAAUAUAAUAAUUUAGUUUAUAGAAAUUACCGUAAUACUGCUGCACAAUAUCAAUAGAAUAAAACAGAAUACAAAUACUACGUAUAUGUGUGCACGUAAAAAAUGUGUAUUUUUUUUUAGCAAAUAUGGCGUAAAUUUAAUCGAAAUAAUUGUUUUGACGUCGUAAUUUCUCUGAGGAAAACGGAAAACUCUAUACAUUUCCCAGCCAUUGACGUAUUGAUUGUAUAACCUAUACGUAUACAUGUAAAAUAACUCGAUAAAGCUUAAUAAUAUAUUUAUGUCAAAAAACCGUUUUUAAUUAAAUACCGUUGAUCGCCACUCAAAACCAUAGGCAGAGAUUGGGAGGUUAGAAAAGCUUAACCCACCAAAAUCAUUCAAAUUUUUCCCUAAAAUUUGGAUUUUAUAAAACAGACUAGUAUUAAUAUUAAAAUAAAUAUUCAGCCUAUACUAGCCCGCUUUCCCUAAAACAAGAUAUCAAAUCAUAACCCAUGCCAAAAUCCCGAAUAAAAAAGUACUUUGGUACCCAAUAUAAGAAUAAAAUUGUUGGAAAAAAUGGUCAUAUAGAUGAUGCGUGUUUCAAAUACAUUUUGAUGUGCGUUUUCAGAUGCAUUAGUAAAUAUUAUUUUGAGCUAUUAUUUUUUAGUUGUCGAGAAGCCAAAAUUAAUUUGUAUGGAUGUAUGUAAAUACCAUAAUGCGUAUACUAUACCUACUCUAAGUAUAUUAGUUAUGUUGGCACUUAUUAUAACGGAUUGUAAGUACACGCUACGCGGUAUAAUUAUUUCAGUGUUUUGUGCCUGUAUAACCAUACGCUAUACACUAAUCAUUAUAGUAUUAUAAUAAUUGACAACGGUGAGCUAGGUAAAUUAAAUUAUAAAAUCAAUAUAGCAUGGACAUAUUAUGAUGUCAUCAUUCAUCGGUAUAACGGAAAUCGCGAUAGACGGGCCCGGUCAAAUUCAUUGGCUAUCAUUCAAACGCAUUGACAUAAUAUCGACCGGACGAAUAAAAUAAAACAAAGUUCAUUAUUUUAAGUGGGGCGACUAGGAACCAAUUGUAGUUUAACUGAAACGUGUGUGAGGUUUUUUUUUGGCUCUGGGUGGAAAACAUUUUUUCUGUCAAAUUAAAAUGAUGCUUGAAAAGUUCGCCACAGUAACCUUCGAAGAUUAUUUAUUUGAACUGUUUUUUUUUUCUAGAUUCCAAACAUUUCACACACUAGAAUAUUAUUUUGGCUCCGAAUAGAAACAUGUUUUUUCUGUACGGAUGAAAAAAGUAAAAUUAAUGGUUGUCCUAGGCUAACAGUUAGUUUUAAAACUAUAUUUUAACAAAAAUAAUUCAAAUUCAAAUUUAACCUAUCCCAUUGGUGGUAGUAUCAGCGCGAAAAUCUACCAGCAUUUGUCUAAUGACAGAUACAAAAUGUUUGGUAAAAAAAAAAAAAAAAAAAACACUAAACUCAUUGUUUUGCAUUUUGUUUGUAAUGGUUUAUCGUCGGUCGUAGCAACUCCCCACGUAGACGAAUGGACUGUGGCCUGUUUUUGAUGUAAAAGAACUUUUUUUUUUUUUGUUUUUUAAACAAAUUAUGUAGCUUUUAUUCAGAGGAUAUUAUAUUUUGACGGUUAAAAUAACCUGGUUAUACUCGCAGAGAGACAAUGAGAGAGAGGAAAAGCCAGGCUAGAAUUACAAUUUGUGUUGAUAGCAAUAUCCCUGAUUAUCGGCUUUUAAAAAUAACAGUCCAUUAAAAACUACGGUUAUUCGGAAUAUUUUGUCCUGUGAUAUAAAAUGUUCGUGGAAUAAUUAUCAAAGCACAGCUCACGUUUAAAAUAAUCAUUCUGCCGGUAAUACGCAAACAUUAUAGGAUAAAUGGUCAUCUAUACAGAAUCAAAUUAUUUACACGCUCCAAUACUGCAUUUCAACAUUGACAUGUGUCAGUUUUAACUUUGUGGAUGUCCAUCAAGCGUAAUAGUAUGUGUAGGACGUAGGUACAUGACUACUGUCGGCCUCUCACAUCGGUCGAAAAACAUAUUAGAUACCUAUGUAAAUAGUAUUAAUGGUAUAGUUAACUAAUACAAAAUCAAUUUGAACAUAAGAUAAAUACUUGUUUUUUAACUCUCUCUCCCUUUCUCUAAUUGAAAGAAACAGCGAAACACCGGAAUAUUAAGUAUAUUCAACGCACCUAACCUUAAGUAGAAAAUCUAGUAGAAAAUCCCAACUAAAGAUGAAUAUAGUGGACAGCGGAGAAGGAAAAAGUACAAGCAUAAUAUAUAAUAAACGUAAAAAGGAGAAAUUGAAAAGAGAUAUGCUUGUAAGAGUAACAAUGUGCUCAUAAAAGCGGCAAUGGAGCUGUGGGGUCCAUGUGGAAAAAAAGACCGAAAUGAGAAGUUUUAAUAAAAAAAAAGUAUAUGAAAUUACAUAGUUGGGAGGCUCGAACUGGAAAGUAAAAGCAAGGAGAAUAAAGUAUUGGGAUGAAACUAUAUAGUCCUUAUAGAGGCCUAAAAACCAGAGAAGAAGAAAAAAAUAAUAUUAUCUCUUCCCCUCAUUUUUGUAUUAUUAAUUAUCGCGUUGACAGACCGCCGUUCCGUGCGAUAUUAUUAAUAUACACAAGUCCAAAUGGCUAUUGAAAUAAAACGCAAUCAUAAUGUAAUCGUUUAUCAGAAAUGAAAUAAUAUAAAUUGUGACAAAGAAAAAAACAAAAUACAAUAGAAUAUAUUUCAACUGUUUUAACAUUUAUCAUGACGAAUUGUUUAGCAAACAUUUAAAUUAAACGACAUUUUAACAGACGUUUUUUUUUUUGUUUUUCAAUAAAUAUAGUGAAUUUACAAAUAUUAUAAAACGCGAUAUUACCAUAAAUUAUUUGAAUAAUUAAUAUCCAUUCUAGGAAAUGUAUAUAUUCACAUUUUUUUUUUUUUUUUAAUACGGUUUAUUUACAAUUAGUAAACAUUAGGUAGAUAUUAAAAAUUGUGUAUACCAAAAAAGAAAAAUGUUUUUUUUUUUUUUUUUUUAAAUUUUGUUUAAUAUAGUAUGUUUAAUUGUUUGAUAUGAUCGGAUCCAACGUUGAUGGAAUGUAAAUGAAAGGAUAGGAUAGGACAAUACCUCGAUAUAUUAGAAAUGACGGACUUAAAGAAAAAAUGGCAGAGAAAAUUAGGCACUGAUGAUGGGCAAUGGUAGCGAAUAAACUGCUGUAGUGUUUUAACGUAUUUAGUCUAUAUUAUAUGGUUUUUUUUUUUAUUAUUAUUUUUUUCCGGAUACCUCCGAAGAAUUUAUUUAAAACUAUAAACAAAUUAAGUUGAGUUUCGUAAUAAUAGGCUAUUCCUAAGACGUGUCUUAAGAUUGUUUAAGUUCAAAAAAUAGUACUUUUCUUUUUUUUUUAAUUUGGAUCUAAAAUAUUUAUGGUAAGCAAAAAAAUGAAUAGAAAUAGAUAUAUUAUUUUUAAAUUAAAUUUUCUGAACAAAUUAUUUGUUAUGGUUUUUUAUUACACAACCGGUCUACCUAAAAAAGUAAAAAUCGUCUUUAGUAUCGAUGUUCUCAAUAUCUCAUUACAUAACCCAUUGUUUCUAAACAAUUGACAACAAAAAAUACUGAAUCGAUUUGAAUGUUUCGAUUUUUAAGAAACUCUGAAUAUUUUAGUUCAUAUAACCUCGGUUUAGGGCAACUUUCCGUUUGACGAACUCCACUCAGAAUCGUUAUUUUUGUUCGUUUGAUAGUGUUGCAUUCGAGAUUUUUCUACUAAAUCAUCUUAAAUACAGCACCGCCCAUCUACAGCAGUGGCCUAACCUAAUCUAACACACGGGUGCGAUAUAUGUCUGGUUCUGUUUAAUAUUAAUUCGAUGAUAAGUAUUUAGAUUUGGGUAAAAUAUAAAACCCGUGGGAAUAUCAGUGAAUUCACAAAGUUCGGUGAAUAUAAUAUUAUAGUAAUAGCCCAACAAAACAGAUAAGACAUCAAAUUAAUUUUACACUUUUUAUUAGAUUUGCGUCUAUAACACGGCGUAAAUGCCGGAAAUUAAAGUUUAUAUUAGGGAAAAAACUAAAGUACAACAUAAACUCAAAGAAUAAAAAUUGAAGCGUCAGUACACUGCAAAACGUUUCGAAAAUCAAUUAACGGCCAUCGUGUGCCAAAAUGAAACAUUUUCAUUAUUUUUCGCAAUAUUGUUAUGAAACAUAUUUUUUUUUUAAAAAGACAUUUUAUUAUAAACUCAAAAAGAUACUUUUACAAAAGAUAUACGGAUUGAAUAAUAACACCAAUUAUUAUUAAGUAUCUAAACUACUGCACCUAAAAUGAAAUCAAACUUUUUGUUAAUAUUAUUUCAUUAAAAAUAAUAAUAUAACAUCUACCUCUCUAAAUAAAAAAAAAUUAUUAAAAAAUGGCCGUUGUUAGUAUAGGAACAUAAGUAGGUCAUUGGUUGUAGUUAUAUAGUCAUCAUAAUAUAGUCGUGGGAGUUCAUUCAAAAAGCCCACCGGGUAAAUUGUUAUUUUCUUAUUAAAUUUUUAUGGGAUAACAAAAUUUAAAUAUUUCAUUUUUCAUGCUGCAGCGCAUUCCUACAUACAAAUUAUAGCAAUUGGGUUAAUGUUAUUUCGACCAAUCAGACGAAAUCAACGAAAAUAUGUAGUUUUUAAAGACAAAACGCGUGUACAUUAAAUGUAAAUAGCACUUUAUGAUUUACCCACCUUUUUUUGCUAAAUAAUGAACGGAGGUAUCUGGAUCUGGAGUUGAGGGGAAAGCAUUUACGGUACGUACCCAGUGCGCUAGUUAUUGGAUUCGGAAAACUAUAAACUUUAUGGGUAGUAAUAGUUAUAAAGUUGGUAUUUUGAAGAAGUCAUUUUUUUUUAAUUUUCUUUGUCUUUUCCUUAAUAGUGGGGACUAAACAAAGAAAAAGAGAAAUCUUUAUAAAAUAAUGGUUUCAAUUAUAUUCGAUUUUGUCUGUGUGUUAUUAUUAUUAUUUUUUUUUUCGUAAUUCAGUUUAAUAUUACCAUUUAGAAUUGAAACUUUUAUCGAAUAAUAUUAGCACUUAAUGUAGUUUUCAAAACAUUCUAGCCUUUUUAAAAUUAUUUAUAACAAUAUAGACAUUUUCAAGAUUAUUUUAGUUUUUGUUUAUUUAUAUAUUUCGCUUAUUUAUUCAUGAGUGGAUAUCUUUUAUUCGCCCCAACAAGAAUGCUCUGAAAUAGCAUAUAAUAAGAUUCAUCAGAAGUUGCACGUGUAUGGUGGUUGAAAAAUAAAAAGUUGAGCGUUAUGAAGUAAUUCUUUUUAUAAGAAUUAAAUAUUCAAUUUUUUUUAUGGAAAUCGUAAAAACCAUGUGAUAUCGACAUACGGUAAAUUUUUGAUUGAUGGCUUAUAUCGGCGCGCCUAAUAAUAUUUUUAUAUGUACAGGGUGCAAUAAUUAUUUAUAACCGAUGGUAUCUACGUAAACCUUAUAGAUCAAAAGAAACAGAAUGAAAAACGGAUUUAAGAAAUCGAUUUUUAUUUUUAAUAGUUUUCAUUAUUUCUAAGUUUGAGAAAAUAAAUUUCGAAAAGAAAAAUAUCGUUUUGUUAUCGUGAAUAUAUAUUUUAGAAAAUUAUACAUAAAUCCUAUAAAGACAAAAUGUAACUUAUUAAUAUUACUGAAAUUUAAAAAAAAAAAAAAGCAUCUAAAUAAUGUAAAUUGAAUUACAAUAAGAACAUUUUAAAUAUUAAUCACGAUUUAUAAAAAUCGACCAUCCACAAAAAAAAAAAAAAACAUUUUCUUUAUGAUAUUAUCGAUGAAUAAUAACAAUAAAAAAAUAAAUAAAUACUGACUGCAUAAAUAUUUUUUAUUAUCCUUACAUUUUUUUUUCUCUUGCAUCGAUAAUUUCCUUUUUUCAUGCAUGAGAAAUAAUUGUGUUUCCAACAGCUCAGUCAACCGUAAAUUACGUAUAUUGGGUCGGACGAUACGUCCGAUUAAUAAUAAUAAAUACAAAUAUUAAUCACGGGCAAUUAUUUACUUAUCAAAUGAUUCCGGAGGGAAAACAAUAUCUCGAUGUAAAUUAAUUCCGAUAACGUAUUUCAAGGGUAAGAUUACAGAAAUAUACCCCUCUCCCUCUUUGACAUUUUUACGGUAUCUAUCCAUCAUUUUUACAGAUAGCCAUAUUUUUUUAAAUACGCGUCAUGUAGACUUUUUUGUCAAAAACGUGCUAUUAAAUAUACAUAUAUAUCAAGAAAAAUCGAACGAAAAUGUGUGUUUUGUUUUCAACAAAACCUGUCCGAACCGUCACUACUGUAAUAUGAAAGAGGCUAGAUUAGUACCUAUACUUAAAUAACAAAUAAACGAAUAAUAAUUGCUAAAGCAUAAUUGUGCCUAGUUAUUUAAUUUCAAUGAUAAUUUUAUUGCGAAUUGAACUAUAUUAAUUACUUACACAAAUAUGUACCUAAAUUAAAUAUUUUUUUUCCCCUCAGUUACAUUUUAUGCUAUUUACGAGACUAUUUCCGAAUUCAUAAUACUAUCUCUUUUCUUUGUAAUAUUCUUAAUACGCCACUUCAACCCGAUCAUUAAAUUAAAGUCACAUGUUCAUACCAGUAGAUCAGACUAACGUCUGAUAACAAUAUAAUUGACGUAAAUUUCGUUUCGAACUUUUCUAACUAAUUUUAAUUAAAUAGCUUAGUCACAGAUUUCCUGUCAAAAAAUAACUGUCCUUUAAACUUAACGUUAUAACUUUGACCGGUCACUAUAAUUUUAUUUGACAAUAUCGAAAAAACUUUUCCCUGUCUCAAAUGUCAAUUUUGUUUUUGUUUUAUUAUUAUUAUUAUUAAUCUAACUUUCAUUACAGCAAAAAUUUGUUCUUCUUACAUAAAUAUUGUGGUCCUGAAAACUUUCUUAUCAAAUUACCAUGUUUAUCAAUUAUUCAAUAAUAUUAUUUUAUUUUUUUAAAACCACAUGUUUAUAUUAUACAAAAAAAUACAAAAAAAUACAAAAAUGGAUGUCAACAAUUCUUUAGAAAGAAAAGUUUACUUUUUAUUUCAAGUAAAGUUUUUACAUUAUUAGUUUUUAUACUUUUAGUUGUACCUUGUAUUAGUUUUACUAUAAUGCGUGCUUAUGUUUUUUUUUCUGUCUAUGAACAACUUUUCUACCGGCCGGUUCUACUCCAAUCGAAAAAUAACAAACCUCUUUAGAUUAAAUUUUGGAUUUAACUUUGAUUAAUUGUUAAGGCCAUUUUGUGAUUUUCCGAGUGGUUUCCAUAAUAAUUGGGAAAACAAUCAAAUUUACGGCGUUCACGAUUUCAAUAUUUAAAUUUUUUUCAAUUUUUCUUUUAUUCUAAAUAUCUUGCUCCAAAUUUCAAGAUUAGCGUAAUAUCUAAAAUAAAAUGUUGUUAUUAUUAUUUCAGUGAAAAAAUCGUAUAGCCUUCAUUUAACGUUGCACUUAGUGUAAAAUAAAAUGAACACUAUGUAGUAGUUUUUUUUUCUAUGAUCGUUUAAGUUUAAAUUUUCAUAAAAAUCGUAAAAGUUACAGCGUUUCAAUAUAUUUUUAAUUUAAGUAUGCUCAGAAUCGUUUUUAAUUAGCAUAGGUCCAUAGUUGCAUACAGAUACAAGUUAAACAACUUUAUGUAUCCUAUCUUUCCAACUUCCCACCUACGACGGUGGAGAAGAACAUAUCAGCAGUAUAAGCUCUUUUUUAAAUUUGUUUUUUUAUUAUUUAUUUACACUAAAAUAUGAUUCGAAAUUGGUUUAUAUUAUUCUACUAUACUAUUUUAUUUCCGUCAUUUAUUUUUUAAGUUCUUCUUCGAAUUAUUAUAGGCAAUUCGUUUUGAUAGAUAAUUCAUACCUAUCUAUCCUACUCUAUCAAGAUCAUAAUUUUGAAAUUUUACUAACGUGUAAUGAUAUAUUAUCUUGUGUAUUAAUUUAAUUGAUAAAUACCGCUUUCUCUACAACCAUAGCUCCUUGUGGUGCAAUAAUUUUGAUUAAACAGUUUAUGUUGUGAAAAAUGUAUUACUUGGUAUUGUUGCGAUAAAGUUAUUUUUAUUAUUAUUAUAAAGUACCGUUUUUAGAAUAUUAUUAUUGGUGUACAAAAUAAAAUUCAAUUGAGAUAUAAAUUAUUGUGUGUAAUAAUAUGUUUGCAAACUAGACUUUUUUUAUGUUGGAUCGCCGCCGUUACGAGUGAAGACGAACAAAAAAAAAUAAUAAUUAAUAAUAAAGGACCGAAGUUCCAUGACGGCUAACGAAUUUAAUGGAAACGGGGAUGGUUUUAAGCUCGAUAUUAACUAUAGUUUACAUUCUGCAUUAAAAUUCUCAUUUAAAUAAUUAUAAUUCCAGAAAUCGGAUUAGUGAUUGUCGAGAAGGAUCAGCUGCGUGCUCUAAAACCGGCUGUCAGAACUCACGGAACGCUAACGCAAGUUCGGCUCACAAAAUCGAGAAAUUUCCAGAUUCAG